AGCCAUUUCCUGCUCUUUGUGCGUGUGUGUGUGUGAAAAGGAGGGAGGGGGAGAGAGAGGGAGCCUGUCUGCCUAGGACUGUGUGUGUGACACGAAUAGAUCCGAGGAGGAGGAGGAGGCCGAGGCUGUGGCGGCGAAGGUGGAGACUGCCGAGUGGUGGCAGCAGCGGCGCCUCAGCAUCUCUGCCUCCUCCGUUGCCCGCCGCUCGCUGCUGCAUCCCGCGCAGAGCCCAGCCGCAGAGGCCGGCAGCAUCCUCGCUUCCAAGGCCAGGUAAAUUAAAAAAAACCCCACACCGGAGGAUCCCGCCACCCCGCAGCCGGGGAUCCCGGGGGCGCGACGACGAUGGCAUCCCGGCGCGCGCGGCUGGGGGAGCCGCUGUCGAGCACGAGGAGGAGCGGCCACGACUAAGGCGGCGGCGGGGUGGGAAGAUGCCUCUUGGCGCGCGGCUUUCUCGGUUUGGCGAAGGGUCUGCGGCCCGGAGGACGUGGGGGUGGGGGUUGCAUUUAUAUAUAUAUAUAAAUAUAUUUAUAUAUAUAUAUAUGGACGCAGGUGCGGGGUAGUUUUCCUCCCGGCGACAGAAACGACGAACCUUCGUCAACAUCCGUCGCCCGCCCCUGCCUGCAAUUCAUUCAUCUGCUCGCUUCGGCCGCCGACCGUGGCGGAAGGAGGUGAUGGUGGUUUGAUGUGGGGGGAAAUCUGGGCAGUGUUUGGGCAGGAGGGGUCUCCCCCCUGCCAAGCCUGAGAGCCCGUUACCUCCCAAGGGCCGAAUAUGACAGCUUUGCUUGAAGGGCGUUGAACCAUGAGACUGCAAAGCUCUGCCAUGAUUCAAACGGGUUUGCAACAGGCUUCUGGCAAGACCCCGGGCUCUCCUCCCCCGCCCGUAUAUUUUUAUUUUUGCAAGGGGGGGGUGUCACUUGCUAGGGUGCAUUUCAAAGCAUGGAUGCAGGCCUGGCGGGGUGUGUGUGUGUGUGUGUGUGUGUGUGUGUGUCGCAGGUGGCCAGGUGCCGAAAGAAAUUAGGCCCAGCUUGGGUUCCGAAGGAAGGAUUUUCCAAGAGAUCUCCCAGAAUGCCUAGAGCUACCUGGGAUAUUUCAAGGCCUCCUUGUUUAUUAUAGAGCACCAAGCAAGUUCCGUGUGAUUGGUUUGUUUCCUAUGGUGGGGAGGGGUAGGGGUGGAAAAAAUUGUGGUGGUUCCCAGGAUUCUCUGCAAAAAUGAAGUGCUUAUUCUGUCUUUCUUAAUGAGCACAUAUGGUUUAAUUAAGCAGUGGCUUCCAGGAUCAAAUCGUAGCUUGUCAUUCCCUUGCACAGUUGGUCAGUAAUUUAGUCAUUAGGUGGUUGUGGGGUUGUUGUUGUUGCUUUUGUUGUUUAUUUCUGUCUUUUUGGUUAGGAAAUUGAAGGUGUGGUGCAUAGGCAGAGAUAUGUCAGGGUGUGGGAGGCGAAUGGAAAAUGCUCAAAGGGAAAUGAUGUGGAUUCACAGCAAGCAUGCACAUUGUCAAAACUGGAAAAAUAAAAUAAAAAAGAUGAUUAAGUGGUAGAGGUGAAGGUGCAAAUAAACAUAGUUGAAAAAACAAUGCUGCAGAUCAUACUGAAAGAAGCAGUUGGAGCCAAUGAGAUAUGUGGUCUUUAACUUUGUAGAAUUAGAGGUACUGUAAUUCACUCAAAAUAUAUUUCGUAAAUCAAGCUUGGUUUUUUAAAAAUUCUUUCCCUGUCCUGUGUCAUGUACACUCAUAUCUGCAUUCCAUCCUUGAGAAUACAUUUAAACAAUGUUAUACAGAAGCAUUUGUCUGAGUCAAACUUUUGAACCCACAAGGUGUGAGUGGGUUGGAAAUGAAUUAGCUAGUUUAUAGGGCCAAGAAGGUCCCAGAUGACAGGAGAUGAAUUGGUUUUGCAGAGAAUUGCUGCACAAGUCACAGCUGAGAUCUGAGAGGGGGGAAAACAUGAGAAGGGCAAAUAGAAGUGGGUGAGUUCUGAUGGAGCUUCUCUGGACUCUUUUUCCCCAUAUGUGCCUAGUGGGAGUUAAAUGUAAAUAAAUAAAUAAACGAACAAACCAGAAUUUGAAGUUGUAGCUGAAAAGGAUAUUGUUGGUGAUUCAGAGGGGGCCUCUGAGCCAUCUGUUGCUGUCAUUGUGGUGGCUGGGGCUGUGGGGUUUCACAUCACAAUAAUCUUAAGUAAUGAGGUUGAACUGACCUGCAGGAAAUGGAAAGGAAGGCAAGCUGUGAUCAGGUGUUAUUUGUUUUAUUAGGCAGUGGACUGCACUUCAGGAUGUGUAGAUGAUUUUUGGUUGCUUAAAUGUAAGUAAUCAGCUGGCUCCAACUAUUUUAAAAUCAAGCUUUGCUCAACACAGCAGUUCUCAGAGUGAGAGAUGCACCUCUUCAUAGAAGUCAUCUAGGAAACAGCCCCUACCAACCUACCUACCAACGAACUAACCACACUCUUCUAAAGGAGUGUUUUAGAAGUCUCCCUGUGAUGUCAUUGUGUGCAUUUCUGCAUAUAUUCUAGAUCAUCUGUUUUUCUUACAGUUAAGUUUUGUUUUCCUGCAAUCCUUCUCAUUCCCCAACAUCAUUUUAGCUUUUUAUUUUAUUUUAUUUAUUAUGUGUACCUCACUUUUCCACUCCCCAAAGGCAGUGUACAGUCAUUUAAAAUCCGAACAAGAGUUAAAUGCUAUUCCUGAAAGUUGGAAGAUUUUUUGCAGUGGCUUCUGGUGCUAUGUUGGAAAUUGCAGCCAGAAUGGGAAAUUAGAUACACCACAGUACCCAUGGAGAAGAACCAGGGUAUGCACCUGGAGUUGUUCUGACAUAAUAAGUAACUCUGGUUAGAUGGAAAUGGAAACUUCUGUAUUCCUUGUGGCCACCCGAGAAGAGAGGGAGCUGGAGAAGUGUGCAAGCUCAAGGCUUGUGCACUUAAUGCUAAAUCAUAGUUAAGUGUCCCAUCCAAAUGCAGUCAUUGGGUCUUCCAUUUCAACUUGUAUUAGAUAUGUAUAUUCUAACAUUUCAACUAUGAGAAGAAGGGGGGUGUCCCUUUAGGGGUGUAACAAGGAAUUGGCUAUUUGUCUCGGUCUCUACCGCCUUAUAUUCCUGGGAAGGAAAGAAAGGAGUCAGCACAGGGAAAACAUCAAUGCAUUUGCGGUACAGGGCAGAGGAUCAUGAGGUGGAUGGUUCUGGGUGAUUUCAACAUAAAAGCCAAGGUGACUUUGUCUGGUGUAGUUCAGGAAUUCAUGGCCUCCAUGACAAUCAUGGCCCUGUCUUAGAUUAUAUCUCAGCCAGUGCAUGUUGCAGAACUCACUCCUUCUGUCUGGAACAGGUGAUAAUGUCAUUACUUGAUCAGGUUUGACCUGUAAGCUUCCCAGGGGUCUGGGAUGGUUUUGAUGCUCCAUCCUUGCUGGCUGAUUGAACCAGAGGGACCUGGGCUGUCAGCGCUGGCCAUCUGCAGAGUCCCAUCAGCUCCUAUAUACUUGUAGGAGCUUAGAGUAAUUAAGUGAUAGGCUCCACGGCUAGAGCACAGGGUGUCAGACGACUUGUAGCCAAAAUGACCUAAUACAAGUAAGAACUCACUUGAUGUCUUGGCCUGUGAUGGUGAUAAUAGUGACCAAAUCAUCUUUGUCCAUCACCAUUGUGAUAUAGCGUUGUCCACCUCAGUGUCGUCCAACUGUUUUGUGUGGUGAGGGGUGUCCUGUGUGGGGGCUUCAUGAAACAGACCUUGGAACCCAUAGAGGCCCACUAGGAAGAAUUAGCAGUGCAUGAGCUACUGUAAUGUGUUUCACAUAGGGCUGCCUUUGAAUCUGUUUCAGAAACUUCAACUGAUGUAGAACAUAGCCAUCUGGCUAUCAGCAGGGGGCAGGUGGUCAGCACAUGCUACCUUGUUUGGGUUGCCAGUGCAUUUUUGGACCCACGUUAAAGUACUGGUUAUUACCUUUAAAGCCCGGAAUGGUUUGGAGCCAAUAAAGUUAUUUAAAGGAUCACUUGAAGCCAUAUGGUCUUGCCCACAGCUUAAGAACUCAGAGGACUGACUUCAGUGCCUGCCUAUAAAGGCAGUUAGACUGAUGAGCAAAUGUAUAUAACCUGAAAUUAUGGAAUGCAGUUCUGUAGUGAUUAGGCAGACCCCCAUCUCACACAUUUUUUUUUUAAAUAGGUUUUGAUAGAGGGGGACAUAAUGAGUUAACUAGGUUAAGGCUCAGUUAAAGUUUUAUGCUGGUGAUUUUAACAUUUUUUAUUGUUGCUGACUUUUAAAAGGUUUUAUGGAAUGGGUUUGCAUUUUAAAAUACUGUAUGAGAAGGUACUAUGUGGACACUCAGAAAGUGUAGUACAGUAUAUGUCCCUUAAAUAAAUAACUAAUGUCACGCUUUGUAGACAACAAUGAAAGAGGGCAUUUUCAAAUAAUUUGGUGGAUUUUCAUUAGCUUAGCUUAUUGUUACUGAGCAGAAUUUUAUUUCAUAAGAAGUAAUGUGUGCUUAUAGGAAGUGCUUUAAUUGCAUAGCUUCCAUGUCCUGGCUUAGCAUAAAUAUAUAGUCAUCCAUCAAAGCGACAGGUAUUUCUACAACACCACUAGGAUCCCCUAAUUGUUCUUCUUGGUAUAAAGUGUUUAGUAAAGCAGUAUCCCAGUGAAAUAAUUCUAAAGUGAUAGCAUAGGGAUGUGUGGUGGGAAUGAAUGUCUAUUAAUUCAUAGAACUGAGAGAAUGAGAUGAGAAGUGGUAUUAAAAAUGUGGCUGUUCUGAAAACUUUAGGCUGAUGGUAGUUCCGUAAAUGUGUGCCUCAAUUAUAUUGUAGCUUCUUUGCAAUAUUCCGGCUAGUUCCCAUUAGACCAAUGGUCUUCCACAGGUGGGUCAGAACCCAUGGGUUGGCCAUAGUCUGACCUAUGGUCACAGCAGCAACUCUACCACCAUAGCAAUGUAUUAUGUAAAAUCAAAAAUUGGAUCUCUAAGCUCCUUGGGCUGAUGAUAUAUAACAGAUGGGACAGCUGACCCAACUCAUUUUUCAAUAUUAAUUAUUUCUGUGAAAUAUGUGUUAGUUUGGAAUAUGUGGUAUUUACUUUAUUCAGAAUGCACACAUUUUGAUAAUUUAAUUAGAAUGUUUUGGUUACAUCCAAUUAACUAUUACUUAGAGGACAGGAUUCAACAAGUGAGUCCUAUCACCAGAAGGCCUGCACAAGGACUUCUGCAGUGCAACAGGGCUUCUCCCCCUCCCUCCCCUGCAGACCCCCUGCAAUUGGCUUAUGGGGGGAGGGGGUUUGCAAGAACCCCCUGGAGCAGCUCAUGGAGAAGAGAGGGGAUCAGUCCAUCUAGCAAGCCGAAUUGCUUGUCCUGAUAGAACAAUCAAAUUAGUGCUACACUGAAUUCCUCCCAGAGUAGAUCCGUUGAAAUUAAUGGAUAUAACUUAGUCAUAGCUAUUAAUUCAUCGAGUCUACUCUGAAUAUGUCUAAUCUUGGAUUAGAGAUGGAAAGGCCUGAAAAAGGAAGGGGGUGAGGAAUGCCCCACCCAAGCCUUACUUUUGUGGUUUUUUUCUUAAUCAUUCUCAAACAAAAUAAUAUUUUUUUUGACAAAAUAUUUGAGACAAGGUGCUCAUAUAUUUACUAAUCCAAAACAAUUUAAAAAAAUGUGGAACAGCAAGACUUUUAUGCAAAGCUAUGUACAGUAUCAGAUUAUUACAAUUCCUUUACACCGAGGACAAGCAAGUCCUGAGUUGUACAUUGAGGGUACAACUCUGAAAUGCAAGAGCAAGGUACAGCUCCACCUCUUAGAGGGCAAUGCCAUUGUUGCGCCCUGUGAGUUCCAAACCUAGACGCCAGGCCAAGGAAUGGCCUGAGUGGGUGCAGCUACACUGAAACAGAGAGGAGAACAGAAAGCCUUCCCUGAACCUUCUCCAUAUAACCUUCCAUGAUUCAACACAACAAUCAGGAGCACCUUUGCUGUUAUAGGCUCCCCAUAUGAGCUUGCCUAUGGCUUGAGGUUUACUGGGGUGGUCCUUCUGGUGCUUCCAACCCUGAGUGAAAUUUGGGGUUCUAUGACCUACCAGAAGGCCUUCCCAGUAACAACAUCCCAGCUAUGGAACACAGUCCCCAGACUUUGCCAUCAGUUGUAUAGGCCUUUCAUAUGUGUUAAUUAUUGUGCCAAAAAGAUAUAUUUAUAUGAAGGAAAGGGGGUAUAGGGAGAAUCCAGGGCUUGUCUGCAGAGUGGAAUGAAAGGAGGACCUUUUUCUGCUUCCACACUUCCAGCCGCUCUCUGAAGAAUGGAGAAGAGACCCUUUUAAGAAUAUUAGGGGGGUGGGCAGGGGAUGCAUGGCUUUGUUUUUUGCAGUUUUCACAUGAGGACUAGACCAUGCGAAAAAUGAACAUAAUAUUUUAGCUGAAGUUCAUUCAUUUUCAGCUUUGUAUUCUUGUUAUUAAAGAAGUGCACCUAGACAUUCUGUUGUUGCACCCAUAACCUAGGAUUAAGGUGCCAUUUAGCUUCUAGCUUUCAUAUCUCAGCUUCUAACACUGUGGCAGAGACGGCCACCUUGAGUGUCCAGUUUGCAAACCUAAGACUUAAGUGUCCUUCAAUGAUCCCUCUCCAAGGAGGGCUCGCCUCUCUCCCCAGGCAGGAUCAGUGAAUGUGAGUGAGGUGACACUGAGCAAAAGGGAUGGAGGGAAGGAGGGAAAAGACGACUGUGUAUUCCUAGCCCCUCAUGGAAGCACCAUCACAGCCUGAGCCAGAGCUGCUUCUUCCCGGCCACCUCCUCUCCCUGCACUAAUAAUAAUAAACGUGGCAACCCUCUUGCUGCCCACCAGGCAGUUACCCCAGAUGGCCAGCUGGGGGGGGGGGAGGCGCCUCUACUCAGAGUUUCACACUCACCCCCUUCACUUCUCAUCCAACACCCAAGCAGUCUUUUCAAAGCAAGCAAGGGGGCAGGACUCAGGUGACUCUGAGGCCAGAAAAGAAAGACGCUUCUCCACUUCUCAAAGACCGGCUCAUGCGCAAAGGAAGGGACCAGAAACCUUGCCUUGGUUGUGCCUGAGCGGUUCCCACAUGUGGAAUAUGACUUGUGAAUGGAGAGUUUCGAACAGUCCCUAUAACAUUUCCUUUGGCAUAUAAAAUGGUAUUGUAUUUCUCAGGCUCAUGACUGAUGCUCAGGUUGAGAAGGGCUAUUCCUUAGGUCAGAAUUGCUAAGUGACAGUUUUGAUUGCUAGCGGUUUACUGGGAGGCAGUUUUGUGUUGUUGUUUUGGCAGUGUGUGUGCGUGUGUGUGUUGGUUGACCUGCUUGAAUUAUCUGUUUUACAGGUAGCAUUUUGAUGAUUACCUGCUGCUAAUCUUCUAGUAGUUUGACUCUUUGACUAUCCUGCUCAGUCACAACUUUGUUUUUUGGAAUUCUGCAGGGUUGAAGAUGGAGCCGUUCUAAGUUGAUUUCUGAAUCACAUGCUCCUUGUUAAACAUGGAGGAGCUAUUCUUUUGAUCUGCAUAGGAUGGUGACUGCACAUUUAUGAAAGCAAUUGCCCCAGACCAAUUGAGUAGUUUUCCCAUGUUCAUCAUGGAACAAGUGCUUCCAGACAGCACAAGGUCAUCCUACCCUAGUGCUAAUUUUGCCUAGGGAGUUGCUGGUUUAGGCUGGCUUUGUGAUGUCUGGAAAUACUUAAAUACUCUUUUUAGGUCUUCUGUAAAGAACAGAAGGCAUUGCACAGAAAAUAAUUUUUAAGAAAGGGGAGCGGAUCACUUAAGAUUUUUUGGAGAUAGUGUCUUCUGUGCUUCAUCAUGUAAUUUGAAGCAGAGUAUGUGCUGUAUGAAAGGUCAAAAGUCUCCUUGUGUUUUUUGUGGGCAGGGGGGAAUGGAAAAAGUCCCUUCUUUCAAGUUAGCUGAUGCAAUCCACUUCUAGUGUAGAAAGUAUGUAGUUAUCUGUUGAGAGCUUGGUGCUGUAACAGUAGUCGGUCAGGCAUGACAGCGCAGGAAGUAUUGCACCUAUACAUGAACCACAAAGAGUACAGUUUAUAUCCCUCCCACCCCAUCCUGUUUUCUCUUUUGAACACUCGCUUUGUCAGCUCUGUCCCAUAUAAACCCACGAGGCACAGAUGGCUUCUGUUGGCUAAUACCCCCUGCUGACCUUUUGAGGAUCACUGACCCAGUGACCCCAUUGCAGUAUCACUGGAAAAAAGAAGGAACUAUUUGGUUUUUAUGGCUGUGGAGAUGAUGACAGUGGCGGCACUAAGUAGCAGAUGUUCUUGGCUCAUGUGGGAAAGCUUGAUAAUUCUGCCAUUAUAGCAACAAAAAUCUCUCCUUAAAAUCAUGAAUUGAAAAGGAAAAGACAUGAGAUUAGUGUGUAAGCUUUUUCAAGUUGAAUCAAUUGUAGGUAAGGUUGCCAUCCCCCCCCCCGCCCGCCCCCGAAAGGGCUCCUGUGCUUUGAACAGCUGCCCAAGGGUCAGAUACUUUGCUGGGGCAAUUUUUCUUGGUAGGGAAAUUAAAUGGUGGGGAAAGCUGCAUCUGUUAACAUUUCUGCAUGCAGAUAUGGCUCUUAAAAUCACAGGGACCAAGCCAGAAAAAAACACCUGGCAAUUCUAAUUAUGCAGAAUAUGCAUAUAUUUUGCUUCACUGUUCUCAUUUAAAUAUUUUUGUCUGUUUGGGGUAAUGAUAUCCAUGAACAAUGGUGCUGCUUUAGAGGGGAAUAGUACAUCCUUUCCCCUUUCCGUAUUACAGCCAAACUUUUGUAAGAAGCAAUAUUUGAGUGAUAACAAUACUCAGCCAUGUUGUAAGCAAGGCUUUCUAGCUUCAGACCUGCCCUAGCUUCCUUUACUUUCAACAGCAUUUUCACAUAGAGACUCUGCCAGUGAAACUUCCGCCCUCAAAGAAAACAGCAUCUCAAAGCAACCAGCAGUGACAGGAGCAGCCAUGCCUGCUGAACCUCUCAAAGUCAUGAAGCCGUUAAACACACAUGUAGUCUCCUUCAUUUCAUGAGCACAUGCACAAAGAAAUGUGCGGAGCAGAAGCACGGCAUGAAAUCUGCUAUGUGGGAUGGAGUUUGCACUGAAGAUAUUUUGCUUUCUAAUGCGGUUUUGUAAAGAUAAACUUGGGCUGCCGUCCUAAGCCCACUUACCUGGGAGUAAGCUCUACUAAAUGCAAUAAGAUUUCUAAGUGGACAUGAUUAGGAUUGCAUUGUUAGUCAUGUAUCUUAUGCCCAGAAACCAAAGGAACUAUUAUAAAUAGGCUGCAGACAUUAUGUAACAUGGAACGAUCCAGCAACUACAAUAAAUUUGUUGUUAUUGUUUUCUAAGCUUCUCUGCGUGACCAAAACAAUUAAUGUUCAUGUCAGAAAGAGAUGCUCUUGUCCACAUGCAACAUUCCAGUUCUGAGACUAAUGGCCACUUUCUGAGGCACUCCAGCCCUCUUCUCCAGCUGCUGAACACUUCAAAAUGCUAAGUGUUAUCACAUAUCAGGCACCUUAAAUAGGACUUUCAUAUCACCUCGCAUCACCUGGCAGGGAAACCUCAAUGCCAGCUUUGCACAUUUAUCAGUAGGUGUGAACCAGCCCUGAGAUGCACAGAAUAAAAAUGUGACAGAAUCGAACUGUGGGAAAUAACCUCAUUUCAUGCAAGACUGCAGUGAGAUAAACAAGAGUCAUUCACCUCAGUACCUCUGAGGGAAUAUUAUUAUAAUGUGUGCGUUCCUCAAGAGGAUUGCUACUCCGCCUACCUUUGGGCUUGCUCCCAGGGGCAACGAAAUGCAAGCUCUUGGGUUCUAUGAAUGUGUAAGGAGUUCAGCUCCUUCAAAAUGAGAAUAGUUGGUGUGACCCAUAUUUCUUCCUUCUGGAAACCUUUUCUUGUAAAUCACUGACCACAAAGCCUAGGCAGGCAGCUGCUUUGCUGUGACAGCUGUUUAUCACACUUGCCAUAAGGACCUUUUCAGAAUUACCUCAUCUGAUCGUUGUGUCCAUCUGUUGUCACUUCCAUACUUGAGAUUGUAACACACAUUAAAUAACAGAGCCUUGAAGAACACUACAGUUUUGCAGCGCCUACUGGUCCACAGAUAAAUAAAGAUAAGUAGACAUCCAUAAGUCCUUGUACCCUGAUACAAGGGGAGGAAACACAUUCCUCUGCUAGACAUAGACACGUUUGCUCAUCUCCCCCCCCCCAACUCCCCAUUCAGUAGACUUCAGAGAAUGUAGUUUGUCCUCUAAAGAAUCAAUUAGUUGUUUGAUCCAAUCUAAAAUGCCCCAUGGGAAUGUAAAGAUAAUUCAACAGUUGUAUAGUGUGCUCGGAUGAAUUAUCAGAAUUUUACAGACUCAGGAAUAAUAAUUAGUUUAUUCAGCAAUGUCGGCCUCUGGGUUAUAUUGACAGAGGCCAAACUUAAUUGAUAAAACCUCAUAAACAGAAGUAGAAGAGGCAUUUAUUUUAUUGAGCAAUAAUGCCACUGUAUCUGCUGCACUGAAUCUGCACGUGUUCUCUCAAGGUUGUGUUUCCUUUGCAGAUAUAACCACACUUUCCCACCACUCUGCAGGUGCCUGUGCAAGUACUGUAGACAUUAGUUGGUUGUUUCCUUUUUCUGAUGUGAAAAAUAAAGUACACAGAAUAUUAAAAGAAGCACAUGAUCAUUCCAGUUGAAUCAACUGGAUAAGUAGAAGCUUUUGAAAGAUGCUGCAAAAUAAGGGAAAUGUUUUCUGGGUGUCACUUGUGAAAGUGUUAUCAUUGAGGACUUCUCUUCUGAUAAACGGGGUUGGUUUCUCCAUACUCAGGGGACUCCAUAGGUACAUUAAAUUAUAAAGUUUGUACAUUUUUAAAAAGCAGAGCAGAGUUCCCAGAGUGUUACUCGGGACUGUUUGUGUAUGGAAAUAGUUUAAGACAGUGAAGCAAUGCUUCUUAAAGCGGCUGCACCACAGUAAUGGUGUGCUGUUGGCCCAUAGUAUGGUAACCACAUUACAAGGUUACUAUUGCACAAAUGGCAUGCAGAAGGUAGUCACAAGAUCUUUAGAUACACAAGGUACUAGAAAGCUACGAAUUAUCCUUGUACCUCUCAUCUGUGUCUCUUUUAUCUCUCUCAAGACAAAAACAUUUAUCUACCUGCCCACCAUAUGAUUGUGGUGUAGUCUUGUCUUAACUGCUUGUGUAUGUAAAUCAAAUCAAGUCAACGUGGUUUUCCUAAUGAUCUCAAUGAUCCACAUGUGGGCUACCAGCAGGCUAUCUUAAUGCUAUCUUAAUGCGGUUUCCCUUUGGAAAUGCAGCCAUGCAGCUUUGUCCUAUGCGAGUUUACUCAGCAGUAUAUGGAGUGUUGUUGGCCUGGUGAACAUUGGGGCCAAGUGUGUAUAGUAUUACAGCCCAGUCUGCAUUCUAAUCCAUAGUUACAUCUGGCUUAAUUCCCACUGGUUUUAAUGGGACAUGUGUUUGCAUGUUGGCCUGUUGUCUAAUUUGAUUCCAUUUAUUCUGAAUCCCUAAGUUUUCUGGCACUGGUUCUCUAACAUAAUCUUAUUUUCCUUGAGUUUAGUUGUGAGUCUGAAAGCUUGGAGCCAUGACGACUCACGUAACACUGGAGGAUGCUCUGUCCAAUGUGGACCUGCUGGAGGAGCUGCCAUUACCUGAUCAGCAGCCAUGCAUCGAGCCACCUCCAUCGUCUAUCAUGUACCAGGUAAACAGCAGGUCUUCAAACAUUUUAUUCUAGGGCCUGCAUGCUUUUGCCGUUCAUUUCUGCAGUUCAUGGUAUUAUGAAGUCAAGCAGAAAACAUUGUGAUUGGGGAAAUAUGUAAUACAGUAAGCAACAAAGGAUGACUGCAAAGGUUGCAAGGUUUCUAAUUGGGGCAAUCAGAAGAAGGUCCACUAUUUGAUUGAUGAUUCAUGACCCUAAACUGUGUUUUAUAUAAUCGACUUUUUAUUUUGUUCUCUGUACAUCCCAAUGUUCUUUUAUUGCUAUGGCCGAUGGCUGACACAAAUAGGCUGUAGUGAAGUAUUUUGCAAACAUGCAAAGUGGCAUAUCCACUGGUCACAUCUGUUACCAAGUUAGACCCAAAGUAUCACGUGGUGCAACCAGUGUAAAUCUUCUGCUAAAACUGGUCAGUGCUACACGAGCUGAUGUUACACCAUGCUCUUUUAAUAAUAAAUUCUUCCAUAAGGAGUUACAAAAAAACCCAGGGAAGUUGUUUCCUGUGUUGGUCUAAAUAUUUUCAACAGAGCAAGAAGCUGAAAGGUUGGGAUGGAGGAGGGAAGCUGAGGGUGAUUAAAUCCUAUGUCUCAAUUUCUUUCUGUUUUGACUAUUUAGAUAAUAAAAAAUGACUGAGGUGGAAGAGCGCUUAUACCACUGAGAUUCCAGGCCUUAAUAAAGUUUCAGUACUCUUCCCUCAUAUAUAUAUAUUUCCCUCUCUCGCAUUGCAUGCUUUCUCUGGGUAAAGUUUGACUGAUGCUGACCCUGGUGAAAGCACGGGAACCUUUUCUUGUAAAAUAGUUUCCUUCCUGAGAUUGAUUGACUAUCUUUCAAACAGGGCUAUGAUCCCUUUGCUUCCCUUUCCAUGCUGUCUUGUGGAAACAUGUAUUGGUUAUAGGUGUGCAUUCUAAGCACAGUAAUGAUUAAAUAAACAUGAAUUCACUCAUCCAGGUUGUUGGCUGCUGCCUUGUGAAUGACCACACCAUACGGUUUAUUAAAACCUGCUACUAUGGCUUCCCUUGUUGACUAAUUACUUGAGGUGAUAAAAGACAAUGACACUGUAGUGACUGCAUAAUAAAUCUAUGUGUUCCAGCUAUCAAAUAAGUGUUACUCUAUGUGUGAGAGCUUGCUCUAACUGCGAGCGGCAUUAACCCUUGCUUUUUGAUUUGCUCUCAGGCCAACUUUGACACCAAUUUUGAGGACAGAAAUGCCUUUGUAACUGGCAUUGCUAGGUAUAUUGAACAAGCUACAGUGCACUCAAGCAUGGUAAGUGCCAUAGAUUAUACACAGCUGCCUACAUUAAAGGAGACUCAGUGUACAGUUGGUUGAAGUGUAAUGGUUUUUUUGUGGUAACCAGCGCUGCCAUUCUGCCAAAAUGUGUGUCUGUCUUCCAGAAUGAAAUGCUGGAGGAAGGGCAUGAAUAUGCAGUGAUGCUUUACACCUGGAGGAGCUGUUCCAGGGCCAUUCCCCAGGUAAGAUGUAUGGUUGGACUCAAGCCCAGCCCACUCAGACAGAAAUUACAGUCCAGGGGAAAUAUAUAGAAGAAUUGCAGAGCACCUGGGCUAAGGUAUUGACAUAGGGGCUCUGAUUUGGGUCUUGGCAAGGAUAAUACACGGUUUUCAUCUUCUCACUAUGAAAAUGUUCAUGAAGCGGUGCUGAGUUUGUGUGAUCAGGGUGGGGUGGCUUUAAGAGGGGAUUAGACAAAUUCAUGGAUGAUAAGGCUAUCAGUAUCUACUAGCUAUAAUAGCUAUGCUCUUCUUCCAUGGUUGGAGGCAGUAUACUUCUGAAUAUCAGUUGCUGAAAACCACAGGAGGGGAGAGAGAUGUUAUACUUAGGGCCUGCUUGCAUUUAGUUGGCCACUGUGAAAACAGGAUGCUGGACUGGUUGGGCCAUUGGCCAGAUCCAACAGGCUUUUCUUAUGUUCUUAAGGGCCUUUGUUACUGGGUCAGGAGCUUGUCUUCUGGGGAUCCAAAUUUUCUCCCAAUGUGUUUGUUAAGAUGCCCAUAUUAAACACAAAUCUUAUUUCAUCUGCAUAAACUUCCAAACGCCAUACAGGUCACAGAGAAUAGCAUUGCACUAAGCACUGUUAAGGCCUCCUCUGGGCUAUUGUGAUUAACUUAUAAAUACCAUUUCCAGUGUGAAUUCAGUAUGAUACCAGAUUGCUCUAUAUGCAGCCUGGGAAAUACUCUAAUUCAGCAAGCAGUGCUGGUAUUGGUGCCAUUAUGGACUCCAAGCUGGAUCAAUAUGCAGUUCUCCUAAGGGUUAUCUUUUGCUGUUUGACUAAUGCGUCCCUAUCCCUUUAGCCUUUGUAAAUCCCAGCUGAAUAUUUCCUUGCUUCACAUGAAUUUUUGAUCACAUGCUCUAGUUUCUCGCUUUGAUCACUGAAGCAUAUUGCAGGCGAAUUUAUGCAAACCAGGUUAAAAGACCACUAGAUCAUACUGAUGAAGGGAAUGACUCUUAGGAGAGAAAGAAAAAAAUUGUGCACAAAUUCUUGAGAGCCUGAUGUAUCUACUUCUGUUGUUCUGCCUAUCUGACAUGCAGUGUAUGCUACACUUCAGUUAACUUCACAGAGGCUUCGUGUGUAUUUAUUCAAUCUGUUUCUAAUUCACCUUUUAGGUCACAAGCACUCACAAAACUGAUUACAAUAAAAAUCUAUGUAGGGCACCAUCAAUAAAGCUUGGUGGAAUAAAUAAGAAAUCUUUUGGUGCCGCUUCAAGGCCACAAGAGAGGGAGGCAACCAUAAUUUUGGGGGAGGUAAUUGCAGACGUUUGUGGAGCCAUCACUGAAAAGGCUCUUUCCCUAGUACCUGCCAAAACAAUUGACUUUAGUGUCAGGCUAGAGAACAGGGCCUUUGAAGCCAAUAAUUGGGCUCUGGCAGGUUCAUAUAGGUAUAGGCUGUCCUGCUACAGAAGAUCUCUUUAUUCAGCUAGUCAUUUAAUAUAUGAAAAUAAGUGUAGAAUUUUUUUUGUAACCUGGUCUUAUUGAGUGUGGAAGAUUUUUUUCUUCUAAAGGAAAAUAAUUAAAAAGCAGUGUUUUUUAUUUAAAUUGUUUUGGAAGAUAAGAUUUGAUUUAAUUAAAAACCCAAAAACUUUAGAAAAUUUAGAAACAAAAAAGAAUAAGCGAUGAAAAUGCAAAUGCAAUAUUAUGAUGUCUUCCCAAAUGCAAAUAGAAACAAAGUGUUAAGGAAAUAUAAAGUAUGUGCUGCUGGCCAAAGAUCAUUUUUGAUACAUAUUACUAUUUAGAAAAUGCUCACAAAAUUAUCUGGCUUGGUGACUCUCCUUAUCACAGAUCUCUGUCACGCUGCUGUAAAAAUAAAAAAGCAGAACAUUUGUCCCAUUAGGAUAACUAAUGAAAAUAGGUGUUGUCCUUCAGGUAAAGUGCAAUGAACAGCCAAAUCGGGUUGAGAUUUAUGAAAAGACUGUGGAAGUCUUGGAGCCAGAAGUUACAAAGCUCAUGAAGUUCAUGUAUUUUCAGGUAGGUUUCAGGGGGAGCUUCAAAAUUCCUGUUUCAAUAUGAUCUCCUUUGCUCAACAGCAUGGUCAGUUCUGAUGUUGCAGAGUAAAGCUGAAAAUGCUUCUAGGAAUGUGCCUUAGUUCACCGUAUCUCAUUGCGGGGAGGUGGGAGAGCAGUGUGCUUGCUUUAAAUUUGGCACACUUGCCAAAAAUGUAACAUUCUUUUCAUUCACAUAGCUGACCUAUUUGAAGUUCUUAGUUGACACGAUUCAACUUUGGGUGGGAUUCAGCUAAUGAGUCCUGGCAGCAGAAGUCCUUGCACAGGGCUGGGGAAGGGGGGAUCCUUCCAUCUGGCAAGCCCAAACACUUGCCUUGACGGAACGAUCGCCUUAGUGCAGCAUUGAAUUCCUUCCAUACUAUUUUCAAAACUUUCUGUGCCUUCCCCCUGUUGAGUCAACAAACUACUUGCAUAACUGAUGGUGGGCAAAGUUUUAGUCUCUCAAAUUCAGUUUGGGUCUUUACUUGUGGCACAUAACAUAGUCUAUAAACGAGCAAGCCGUAGAAUAUGAUCUCAGAUGAUGACAACCUUUUGAAACAGGAGUUUUUCCUCUUUAACGUAGCAGUAUAAAGAACAGCAGCCAAAUCAGUGGUCUGCCCAAAGUACCUAAACACCUUUUUGAGGGACACUAAAUAGAACAGCAAUGUUGGGGUUAGGUCUGAGAACCAUUUUCUGCUUCAGGUAUGCUGCUCUGAGCACCAAAUGUGGGUUUGUUUUCUUUCCUGUAAGAUCUGUCAGCAGUUUUGAACAUGUGUUUUGAGAUCUGCAAUUUCUACCUGAAAAGCUGCAGGGGACAAGCAGAAGAGAACGUUAACAUUUCAUUUUCACAUUUUAUUCAUCUCAGCAGAGAAAACUGCCCUGCUGCUUGCUGAGUUGAUAUUUGUUUAUUUCAGACUAUCUAUCUAUCUACUAACUAACUAACUAACUAACUACAUACAUACUAUUCAACUACUUUUGCUGCUUGAAUUUUGCUCGUCGAUAAAGCUAAAAGGUCAAUAUUUUGAACAAUGAUUUCAACUGCUGGGUGGAAACAUGGUAAUGUUGAGGCUGAAAAGGGGAAAGAGCAGGCGAUGGGAUCCUGAUCCUAGUCAGAACAAGGCUAGUCUCAGCAACUAUUUGCUCAAGGCCAUCCCAUUUCACCCCACCUCUGAAUUAUCCAUUUGUUGCUGUUUUCCAGAGAAAGGCCAUUGAGCGAUUCUGCAGCGAGGUAAAACGUUUGUGUCAUGCAGAGAGAAGGAAAGACUUUGUUUCUGAAGCGUAUCUACUGACAUUGGGAAAGUUUAUCAACAUGUUUGCUGUCCUGGAUGAAUUGAAAAAUAUGAAGUGCAGUGUCAAAAAUGACCACUCUGCCUACAAAAGGUGAGAUUGGUGAAUGCCAGUGCAUUUUUAGUGUUGCCGUUCUGAGAGGGUGAAUUGUUGGGACCUUUGGAAUUAGGCCCUGUGUUAUUCCAGCAGUCUAUGAGAAAUAUUUAGCAGUAGAAAUCUAUUUUUAGGGAAGCAAAGAUAAUGAAACGGAAUGCUUCUCUUAACCUUAUGGUAAAGGCUCUUUUUACAGGCCUGUAUUACAUGGCCACAAACUAGCAUAGUAUGUACAGAAAUACCCUGGUCAAGGUAGGAUUUCUGUUGUCUUUCAGAGCAGCCCAGUUUUUGAGGAAAAUGGCUGAUCCCCAGUCUAUUCAGGAAUCGCAGAACCUUUCCAUGUUCCUAGCAAAUCAUAACAGGAUCACACAGGUAUGGUAGUUUUAUAUUAUUUUUUCUCCCGUCAUGUGCUCAGUUAAGUUACUACUGUUUUGCUUUUUAUGUGUGUUAUAAAGCUUUAAUUCCUGUUUUUAAGUCGUAGGCUGUCAUCUUGAACAUAGAAUUAUUUAAAUAAUUAAAAUUAAAUAAUUUAGCAAAGUUAAAUAAUUGACCUAGUCUAGGUUUGUUGUCAGAUUGUUGUCACCCCCAUUAAACAUUUUAUCCUUGCAACAAUCUGUGAGGUAGGUUAGGUGGAGAAAGAUUGACUGGCCCAAGGUGCCCCUUUGAGUAGAGAUUUGAACUUGGGUUUCUCCAAUCCUUGUCCCAAUGCUUCUCAACUGGUAUCCUCCAGGUGUUUUCGGCUACAAUCCCCACCAUUCCUGACCUUUGGCUAUACUAGCUAUGGCUAAUAGGAGUUCAGUACAAAAAAAUAAUAAUAUUGAAGGCACCAGGCUGGAGAAGGCUGCCCUAACCAUUGCGCCGCAAUUCCUUUGUACCUGCAUUUGUUAUCUGGAAAGGCCAUAACCAAUACUUAUUGGCUCUGUACACUGAAGUAAUUAAAUUAAGUUUCACAGUCUUUAAACAUUUUUAUUUUUGUCCUUUGUUUGAAAUUACUGAGGGUCUUGUGGGUUGUUACGUUUUUUAAGUGCCUGCAUCAGCAGCUAGAAGUCAUUCCAGGUUAUGAGGAGUUGUUGGCUGAUAUUGUGAACAUCUGUGUGGAUUACUAUGAAAACAAGAUGUACUUGACGCCCAGUGAGAAGCAUAUGCUCCUAAAGGUAACGUCUCUACCUCUCUCCAAAGAUGACUUAUCUGUCUCUUGAUCUUUCCCUCUCUCAUUGUGAUCCUUGUUCUAAAAAUAAAUGUUUUUAUGGUUCCUGGUUAUUUUCCUCCCCAUUUUGCUUCCACUUUUUUUUCUUUUACCCAUAUUGUGUCAGGCUUAAGUUCCACCUCUUCAUGAAGACACAACAGCCCUUUAUUUACAAAUGGGAUCAAGUCUUUGGCAGAGUCAGUUUAAUGCCUCUUCCUUCCACAUAUUUUACUACUACUUCUACUAUUAUUAUUAUUAUUAUUAUUAUUAUUAUUACUAAUAAUAAUACUUACACCCCACUUCAUAGCCCUGACAGGCUCUCAAAGCAGCUUGCAUAAGAUUUCUCACAAUAAAAACCAUAUUCAGGUCUGGUAUCGGGUACAAAAAUAACAUAGUAUCCCUACAAGUUCCUUCCCUCAUCCUUGGUGUUUCCCUUAGGCCCCUGCCGACUAGGCAACUGGUGUCUUUUAAGACAAGAGAGUGGGUUUGAGCAGCUGACACUCACUCAGCCCAUGAUGUAGGCAAGCCUUCCCUUGCUUUCAGUUGCCAGUUGCCAGGCAACAGUUCCCACUGACGGGAGGCAAUUGAUAUGUGCCUGCUUUGAGAGACCAUUACUGUCUGAAAAGUGGGAUAGAAAAGUAAGUAAUGUACCCUCAGAGAAUAAAGACCAGUCUUCAGGUGGUGUGAAACAUUUCUUCUCCAGUUUAGGAUUCUACCCUUGAACUAAGCUUCCGAGCCACACAAAAGGCAAACUUGGUGUAUCUUGGAAACAUUCCUCAUUACAGAGACCGGACCUAUUCCUAGCAUUACCAUUUAAAAAACAACCCUUACCUCACCUGUGUUGUCAGUCAGAGUAGACAAUAUUGGGCUAGAUGCACAAAGUCUGGCAUAGUAUAAGGCAGCUUCUUAUGAUUAUUAAUGAAUUUCAGAAGAAAUAAAAUUGGAAUUGAUAAGCCGUAAACACCCCUAGCUGUGAUGUUGGAUUAGCUUAUAACUUUCCUGAAAAUAUCACUGUUCUUCCCACCAGACCUCUAUGCUUAUCUCAUUUUUCUGCUAGGUGAUGGGCUUUGGUCUCUAUCUCAUGGACGGAAAUGUCAGUAACAUUUACAAACUAGAUGCCAAGAAGAGAAUCAACCUCAGUAAAAUUGACAAGUUUUUCAAGGUCAGUGUCUGGCAUUGCUUUGGCUUAGGAUUGUCUCCAAAGGAAUCUGUGGUCAUGCUGCUUGGGAUAUCUGUCUGGGGCAAAGCAAGCACAAUUUGUGAAAGAUUGAGAUGCUGGAAUGCAAUUGCAUUGGAAAUCUUCAGUGUCUGACAUUACAGUAAGCUGAACAGCUGAGUUUUUGUUUGAUGCCAUGUUUGUGAUAUUGGAUAAAACUUGCUAAAGUUGCAGUCUCAACCUGCUUCUUAGUGUGCCACUCUUUCCCAUUUCCAUCACUUUUCUUUGAGGAAUAUUGUCAUGGUGCUGCUAACUGUCCAUAUUUGCAGCAUUUCAGAGUCAUUGUACUCACGUUCGAUUUUUACAGCAUGGCUACGGACUUUAUAUUGGGUAGGGCAAUCUGUUCCUAUGUUAUGCAACAGGUAGACUCCACUUAUACCCAGAUAUUGUGCCCACAACAUAUAAGCUGUGAGCUGCCAUAGUGAGAGUCCAUUUCAGUCCCUGUUGAAAAUGCUGUAUUCUGUGUUAUUAACAAUGCUUUCAUUACCAUGAGUGGUGAAUUUAAGUGCCUUGGAAUUUUAGCUACAUAGGUAGGCAGGCGGGAGGUGCUGGGGUCAGUACUGUACAAUUGCAAAUGAAGCCUUCCAAAUGUGUUGAGUAUUUUAACACCAUGCAAAUAUGCUCAAAAAAGUGUAACAAAAACUACAGGUGCAUAAUAGUUGGGAGGGGACAGCUGGCUGGAUAAUGUGCUCAUCAAGCCCUGGCUUCGCACCAAUGUCAACCAAUGCAAUGUAGAUCAUAGAAUGUGUCGCAAGCAGAAGGCAAGUACACUGUGGAGAGGAGCCAAAGAACAGUUCUUCAGAUAACCCUGCCAUCUUCAGUAACCAAGACACCAAUAUCAGUUUUUUGAAAAAUGCCAGUGGUGCCUUACUGCUUUUAGAAUGGCCUUAUUGGGGUGGACAUUUGACAUAGUUCCACUUGCUCUGCCAGUGUGGAGAGAAAUAAAAUGGCAGAUUCACUGAGGAAGAGCAAGGGAGCAGGUUGAGGUGCUCCCUGGAAAGCCACAUUUCGUUGAGAUUCUGCCUCUCCUCAGUGUUGUCACAUGUAAUGUUUUUAAACAUGGCAACAAAAUUUGGCAGACAGCAUAUAUUAAAAAGUUCACAAUUUAAUCGUUACCUGUGUUACUGGCAUCCCAUGAGUGGACCCAAUGACCACUUGUAAACUUUGUCAACCAAGUUUUGGAAUUCUGAAAUCGCUUCCUGUGUUAUAUGAAAAAUGAGUUCUCAUGGCUGAUGUCUAUAUUGUGAGGGUAAUGAAUGUGUGUAGGGGAGUCACUUGACUGAAAACAUGUGGCAAAAAUGUGUCCAAGAACCUCAGCCGGUCAUGAUUUAUGUUUUCCAUGUGUUUCCAGAGUUAACAUGUUUCUUCCAGUCUUGUAGUGGUUACAACAGAGAUGCACAGGGAACAAAGGAAAACUUAAUUUUUUCAAAAUAAAUUUCAACAUAAAGGAAUUUCACUCCUAGUAGCUGUAGCAUGGAGGGUCUUGCCCUUUUAAGCAAUGUUAGAACAAAGUACAGUGAUUCCAAAUAGCCAAAGCUUGUUUGAAAACCUGUGCUGUUCAUUCUUUGGGAUGACGUUUGCAGACCGUUUUUCCUCCCAGCAAUGCCUUCGGAGUGACCUUACAUCAUGAUGUGGUGUUGUUACAACUGAGGCACUGGGGGGGAUGGGGAACAGACAGGCCAACUGUCUGCUGACUACAGCUGCUGCACACUACCAGUUGUGACAGAAAAAGUAACUUUCUAUUAAAUAAAAGUUUUAUUAAAAAAUGUGUUUUGGGCCCCAUUGUUGCCUUUGAAAACCUAUCCAGUUUUCGCUGCCUGCUCCAAAAUAACUUGGUUUUCUUUUCCCAUUUUACCCACCCCCAUCCCAUCCCAAUUCACCCCACAGAUUAUCAGCAAGAGCUUUGGAACUGUACUAUUUAUUCAUAGCCACACACUAUUCCUGUGAUGAAGGCAAACUAGGAUUGUCAAAGUUUAAACCUCUGGGGGGCCCCCACCCUUAGCAGCAACUUGACCUAUACCACUGCCAGAUACAUUCACCAGCUUGUGACCUCUGCUUGCUGUUGCUAGCUAAUUAAGAAAACUGUGUUCCACUAUGAAGUGUAACUUAAGAACUGCAGUUCAUUUUAGCUUAAUUGCAUCCCUUUGGCUGCACGCCAUCUGUUGCUCUUCAGAUGUGACAAUAUUACUCUUCAUUUACCAGCUGAACGAUGUAACCUGAUCUGUUUGUGAUAGUAGCUUCUGUUUAUCAACAUAGUCUCACUCCCACCAGCAGGGUCCACUGCCAAGGACACUGAGUAGUGAAGGGAGUGAAUUUUUUCAUUUAAGGUACUUGUAAGCUUUUUGACCUUGCCAUCCUUUGAAGCUGUGGGCUGGUUCCAAAAUGAAUUCCAGAGCUCCCUGUCACAUACAUAUGGGUGAGAUCUACAUGUUGUUACUGGUUUGCAUGCUAUAUUUCUCCCAGGCGUGCAAAUGACACAGUGACUCCUGUAUCCAACAAAGGAUAAUACAGAAACCAAUUUCUGAUGAAAUGUGUUUCAGAAAUGAGAAGCACCAAAAAUCUACAGCCUCACUCUUGAAAUUUAAACCCACUGAAUUCCUGUCCAUGUUUUAAUACAGUUAGCGUAAACCGAGCUUUGUACCAGAAGAAGAGAGAAGAAAUUGCAAACAAAAUAUUAGGGAAGAAAUGUAUCCCAGACUACAGUUGUUAACAUCACAGGAAGAACAACAGAAAGUACUGGGUUAAAGAGACACUUCCUGUUAAAAGGGUCAAAGCAUGGUGAUACCCUUUCUCUUGUAGAACAUUGCUGCUACCGUACUAUGUGUUGUUUUUUUUCCUGUGUCUGUUUGGGCAAAGCAUCUCAAGGCUGAAUUUUCAUACUGAUUUUUUGAUGAGUAGUUUUAUUCAUUGCCAGCUGUCAUAUGCUCCCGUUUAGUGAGUUCUGAAUAUUUACUGGGGUACUGAAUGCUCCCCAGGAUAUAGUAACAUCUCACUAUGUAGGUAACAUCUUGAGAAGAAAUGAUCACCGCGCAAAAGUGACUGUCAAGAGUCAUGGUGAUUUUACUGUGUGAAUCUGGUUUGAGUCAAUGAAACAACUCAUGUAUGCAAUUCAUUACUCAAUAAGGCUCUUCGCUGAUCCAAAAGUUAUUAGGAAGACUGUUCCAGAACUUUAUUCAUCUCUGGCGGUUAAGUACCCCUUUCUCCCCCAAUCUCUUGUAUUGCUCUCUCAGACCCAAGGGAGCCUCUCUGCCUUAUUUAAACCAUCUUUUGUUUUUUCUUCCAGCAGCUGCAGGUGGUUCCUUUAUUCGGCGAUAUGCAGAUAGAGCUGGCCAGAUACAUUAAGACCAGUGCUCACUAUGAGGAGAACAAAUCCAAGUGAGUGCCUGCCAUAAUGUCUCUUGGCUUUGGUGUGUCCUGGUCAAGAGAGGAAGUUGCCAGACACUUGCAACUCUCCUGCUCUCGUGUGUGAGGUCUGUGCAUGGGUGCCUGCAAGUGUGUGUGUGUGUGUGUGUCCAUGUGAUUGUGUUACUGAGUGUGACUCUCUAGUAGUGAGUUCUUCGAGGCCAGAUGUGUGUGGAUUCAUCAUUCCUCAUCCUUUCCUUGCUGUACCUUGGGUGAAAACCCCAAUCUUGUGCAGAAUUAGGUGUACCUAAACCCACUGAAAUAAAUUGUUUGGUUAUAGUCCAAGCUAUUCUCUGUUCCAGCAUAAAGAGUUCUUGCUUUGGAACCUUAUUUAUCUUUCUCUGUUCUGUCUCUAUUUUGACUGAGCCAAGGCUGUGCCCCUUUAACGGCACAACCAAGGAGCAGUUUUUGGACUCAAUAAACUCUGACUCUUAUUAGAGCAACAUCUGUAUUCCCUGAUAGUUCCCCCACAUCUUGCAGAUUUUGUCACUGACUACUUGCCUAGAGUUAUCUGCUUCCUGCUAGCUAGUGCUUCCUCCUUUCAUCUCUUUCAGACACAUGAUCUCACCCAAGCUAGUCUCAGAAGCACUGAUGUGAGACAAUCUAGGCAAGACCCAUAUUGCCCUCUGCGUUCAUUCCUGCCCUACCUUUUGACUGGAUCCUUACUAGCUAUGUCCCCAUACCUAAUCUUACAAAGACUUUCUGGAUUACCGUCAGAAUGCUCAUUAGUUAGACAGAUGUGCCAGUACCUUAUGUCAGUUUUCCUCAUCCUGGUGCCCUCCAGAUGUUGAAUUACAAUUCCCAUUAUCCCUGACCAUUUUGCUGGCGCUUACGGGAUUUAUAGUCCAGACCAGCUGGAAGGCAUCAGGUUGAGGAAGGCUGCCGUACACAUCUGUGUCUAUGCUUAUCUAUGUACAUGCUGUUCAUAAAUUGUGAGCCUGAAUAGGUAUAUCUUGAGGAUACCUGUAGGUGACUGCAGGUAUGAGUGUGCAAUCAGAUGUUGGUGGUUUGUGCUUAGAAAGGAUAUGAAUGUAUGAAUGCCAGUAUCUGAAUGCAUACAGGUGUGUUUGUACUUUUACAGACUGAUAGAUGUUCAUGAGGAUUGGAGCAAGUUUGAUACUCAUUAAUGUGUGUAUAUGGAGUGUGCUUAUGUGAUUGCAAGAACGUGUGCAUGUGUGACUGCAUGUAUUGUGAAUAUAUUUGUGAAUGCCAAGUUCAGUGUCUGUACUUACCUGUCUGCCACCUGUUCUUGUAUGCUUUUAUGCUUGGUGACCAUGAAUGCAGCAGUUAUGAAUGGUUGUGCUGUGGAUGUGAAUGAGGUGUGCCUGCUCUGGGUAGUUUUUAUCCGCAUUUUUCAAUAGGAUCUAAAAUUCUCCAGAGCAUGGACACUGCACUUUCUCUAUCUGUCCGGUACAGACUACCCUACUUUUUUUCUCAGGGAAGAUAGUAGGGGGUCAACCUUGUAUUGCAGGAAUUUUAAACGGGUUUUUCAACGAAAUAUAAGGUGAAACCCACUGUUUCAAGCUGCAACCUAUUUGAAGGGAAUUGAUGACAUGGAUGUGGACACUGAACACCAAAGUAUGCAUACAACAUGGCUCUGCUGCCUUAGAUAGCAUGUCAGUCAUUGCUUAGCGAAGAUCAAUUUAAAUAGAUACACUGCUGAAUAUUCAUUUGGUGAUCUCCCAUCUCAGUUCAUAUAUGCAACUGUGUUCUCUUGAAAUGGAGGUACAUGCAGCAAUCUCCACGCAGUUGUGUUUCAAGCAGCCAUCCGUAGGGCCACUUACAUGCAUGAGUUCUAAAGACUGCUGUUAAAUGUGUUGCAAGAACUUGUUCUAUAUCACCUUUGCUGUAAACACCACCUUUGCUAAAAUAUUGGUCCACAUCUCUCAGCUGGUAUGUAGUGAACAGCAACUUCCAUUUCUUUUACACUCCACAAACUGGUGCUGUCAUUCUGUGACUUCCAUGAAAUGACCGUGAAUAUGCCAAGUAUGUGAAACUUGUUUCAUGCGCUUUUUGCUUGGAUUCAGAGCAAGGCAAGUCCAUGAAGUAAUCGUAUAUAGGAAGUGAUCACCCUUACAGAGAUUAAGCUUUCGAAAAUGGCAGUGUCCUUUGGGUGCAUAUUUAUUUAACAUUCUGAAGGAUGUAUACAGCACAGCAUUAAAGCUAAGGUUCUGUCAGAGCAAGGACAUCACCUUGCACAAUGGAACAUUCUCCCUCUCUUCUACCCCCAUGUGCCAACUAAAGCUGUUCUGAAGUUUCCCCCAACUCUCCAGAGCAGAUUUGGGACGGCACACAAAGGGAGGAAAGUGGGAGGAAGUCCUAUUGUGCCAGUAGUAAUUCUGCAUGCAAAACUACUUCAUUGAAUACUGCCCUGGAUUUUGUCAUGGGUGUAAAGUAUCUAACCAGUGGCUUCCCUCACCAGCAUGUAUGUGUGGUUUGUCACUGAUCAUCCUUACCCAGGCAUAGGCAAACUCGGCCCUCCAGAUGUUUUGAGACUACAAUUCCCAUCAUCCCUGACCCACUGGUCCUGUUAGCUAGGGGAUGGUGGGAGUUGUAGUCCCAAAACAUCUGGAGGGCUGAGUUUGCCUAGGCCUGUCCUAACUUGUUCCACAGUCUGUUGGAUCCUAACUGUCAUGAACUAAUUUCCACGGUAUAUGGAAAUGUUUUCCAUUUGUGGAAGCUGUUUUAACAAUUUGUAUGUUUUAGUCCCAUUUCAAAUAUCUCCCAACUCCAUCCCAGUAUAAAAAUGUGAAAUAUUUCUUCCAACUGUCCUCACUUACUAACAAUUCCUUUUUCAUUCAGUUUUCAGUCAGAGCAGCAUGGCCCCCUGCAACUUUCUCCUCCCAGGGAGAACAGAUUUUGGACUUUAACGGGCUGCAGAAAUGUUUUCCUGCGCUUUCAUACCCUGUCCUUUACUUUUCUUGCUCCUUAUUCAUUUCACCAUUGUGCCGAGAUGCAAUUAACUAUGUUUUUCUUGUAUGGCCUUAUAAUUCUGACCAUCCCUGUUAACCCGCCGAUUCCUUUGGGGGAAGCAGGACACUGAAAGGGUAAGAGCAAAGUAUUGAGAUCAUCGGACAUCUGAAGAUAUAAUUAGACAUGACCAUCCACUGUGAGCAUAGUUCAGAUUCCAAAAAUGGGAUAAAAACAAUAUAUAUGCUUUUAUACUGAGAUUGUGUGACAUCUGAAGAUAUAAUUAGAGAAAGUCAUCUACCGUCAACAUAGUUAACAUCUGCAUCUACCACAAUAUCACUGAAGAGAGCUAGUUCAGAGUCCAAAAACAGGAUAAAAACAGUAUCUGUAUCUUUAAAUAGCUAAUGACCAAAAAACACCACAACACCUAGCAGAUUUUGAAUAGUGGAACAACAUGGCAAAAGGCCAAAUUGCACAUCAUGGUAAGCCAUGGUUGGUGGCUUAAUCAUGAAUAAGCAGCAUUCUAGUGCACACACCCUAAUCACUCCCACUUUGUUCUUCCUCUUAUGUGAAUAGGAGCAACAGACCAUGAAACUUGGCUUUUUGCUAUGUCCAAAUCUGGGGUUGUCAUUUGUUUCUUCUGAAAGACCACAAUAACAAAUCCAAUAUUUGUUCUUGGCUUGCUGAUAUUGUUUUGGGGGGAGGAACAAACCAUGAUCCUGGUUCAAACAUAAUGGCAAACUAAGUUGCAUUGCUUGUUGUUCCUUCUUGCACCAGAGAAGGAGUAAUUGUGCAGUUUGUACUAGCACACUCCUCAUUCUUGGUAAGUCAUCAAUAAUGGCUUUCUGUGAUAUGCAAAGAGGGUCAUUUUUUACUUGUUGCACCUAUGUAUUUAUUUUAAGCAUUUAUAUGGCCAGUUAUUGAAUCUGUAAACAAUGCACAUUUAUCACAGGAAAUGCUAGUGAUUCAAUUCAAACAUCAUACAAAAAGUUUAACUGUUGUUUUGGUGUGAUGUACAAACUGACAAGCUGUAGUUUGAAAUUGGCCAGUGAACCAGAAUUAAAAAACAUACAUCAAAGUGGUUUGAUGUGAUGUCUAAACUAACAAACCUCUAGAGGCCUGUGCAGAACAAAAAUUGGGGGAGCAGACUAGCUAAUUUGCCUGUACAUUUGGAAACUCAAACCAUGGUUUGGGUUCUAAACCAUGGUAGGAAUAAACCAUGGUUUGGUGUGAUGUCUGAACUGAAUCAAUGAAUUAAUUCAUUCAAAGUCUCAUUUACAGAGAGCUACUCUGAUGAUUCUUUUGUGCCAGAUAGGUAUAAUAUAGGUAUAAUACACAGAGACCCUGCAACUCAGUUUGUGGAAUGGGGUUUUUUGUUACUUUUUGUUGCUGCUGCUGUUUUUGUUGUGAGCACAUGAGGACUACUGCAGCGUGCUCUGAAGAUGGUCCAGAAGCUACAGCUAUUGAAAAAUUCUGCCACUUGGAUUCUCGUGGGGGCCAGAAAAUAUGAAUGCACAAUUUUGUUCUGGUUGCUCUGAAUACCAGUAGGUUUUUUGUCCCAACGCAAAGUGCUGGUCUUAACCUUUAAAGCCCUCAGUGGCUUGGGUCCAGGUUAUCUGAAGAACCACUUUCACCCCUGUAAUCCUUGCAGUAUGCUAACAUCUGUCCCAGGGGUCCUCCUCAAGUUCCCACCAUUAAAAUCGGCUAGGUUGGUAUGUACAGGGCAUUGUCAGUGAUGGCCCCCAAAACUAUAGACUCUCCUUCAAUAAACUUUUAUCUUAUCCCUUCAACCGUGGCAUCGAAGGCUUCCUUUUCAUGCUGCCUUUAAUUGAUACCAGAGCAGCUUCUCGGAUUAAUCUCUACACUGGUUCUGCUGUGACUAUUUGUACCUUGUUUCUCACUCCUUUUUAAAUUGAUUUUUGAGGACUUAGCCCUAAAAAGUGGCUCAAAUCCUUCAAAUAAGACAAAGUAUUUAGGAGACUUCUCCCAGCUGCUGCUUUGGGGUUUCAGUCAUACAUUCACAAUAAGAGAUGCUGAAGACCAGUCUCCCUUUUCUCUCAUGUCAGUCCAAUUUUCUCCAUGACUGCAAAAUAAGUGCAUUAUAGAUGCUUCAUGAAGGUAUGAAAGAUGAGGCCACAGUGUUGGCCUUGGUAAGUAAUUGGCUGUGUAACAUGUCAUCCAGAGGAAUAUUGACAAGCACGCUUUCCCAUGUGUUGACCGGGUGAAGCAACAAGUGAAAGAAUUGACAUAUUUACAGAGUGAUGGAGCGAAAGUGUCUCAAGCAGUAACUGUCGCUCCACUGUGUUGCGUGUUACCCAGUCACAUAAAGGCGUUGGUUUUCUGCCCAGGUGGACAUGCACUCAGAGCAGCAUCAGUCCCCAGUACAAUAUCUGCGAGCAGAUGGUUCAGAUCCGAGAUGACCAUAUCCGCUUCAUCUCCGAACUUGCUCGCUACAGCAACAGUGAGGUAAGCUUCCAUGGAGGGGAACAAAGGCCCUGGAGCAAUUUGUGGAAUGAAAGGGGGAAAGGUUGGAUGUAGACCUGGGGAAAUGCUCUGAAAUGCUUAGUGGGGAAAUCUCAUCUGUAAUGUUAGAGUGCAAAUAAAACCACCCCUCGAGCGGUGGCUAACUACUCUGUUUUCCGGGUUUACUUUAUUCAGUAUUUUCACUGCCCCUACCCACUUUUAGCCAGCCCAAAGGAGAGUAGCAUCCUGGUUGUGUUGUCUGUUUGUUUUUUUAACUUGCCAUAUCCCUAGGCUAAACUUUUUGUGCCAUGCUUUUAAUCUUCCUGUGCACUGUACUUCUUCCUGUAAACUCCCCACUGCCACAUACUUUCAACCUUUCUCUGAACUUUUUGGCCUUCUAUUGCAGAAGACCCCAAAAUCAAAAGCAACCAUUUUACAACCUAAAGACAAAUGCAGAAUGGCCAAAACUCAUCCUCCAAACCCACCAUCAUUACAGAGUCCAUACCCACUCUGUAAUGUGCCCCUUUCUGAGGUUCCAGUUUUCCAUCUCUGACUCCUUAUUCCUGUUUCGUUUUCCACUUAGGACCAUGUCUCAGUUCUUCUGCACCAGCUCCCUUUUCUUCAGGGCUGUCAUUUCCGUUUUUUGUACAACUGUUUACUUUUUCUUGCUCAGAUCGGAAACUCAGUUAAGGGAGAGGGUAGUACUUUUUAAAAAAGAUAUGAUAGUGGCAUUGUUAAGCAUGUGUCCCUCAGACAGAGGUACUUAUCUGAUGUUCUCCAGGUUGUGACUGGCUCAGGAUUGGACAGCCAGAAGUCAGAUGAGGAAUACAGGGAGCUUUUUGACUUGGCUUUACGGGGACUGCAGCUUCUGUCCAAGUGGAGUGCACAUGUUAUGGAAGUGGUAAGUAGUGGCUAUAGACAUAGAAUACUCAGGGUAUCAGAUGUGUUUAAUUCUUAUUCAGCCUGAUUGGUGGCCAUCGAUUACCACGCAACAAAACUUAACGUAAAUAAAGCAAGGAUUUUGCAUACAGUGGAGGAGUUGUGAGAUCGUGAAAUGGUUUCACUAAGAUUUUUCUCAAAUGACAAGCGGUGGUUGAACAAUAUCUGCUUUUGUUUUCUCUAUUCAGUAUUCUUGGAAGCUGGUCCAUCCUACUGAUAAGUUUUGUAACAAAGAUUGCCCAGGCACCGCUGAGGAGUACGAAAGAGCCACACGGUACAAUUACACCAGUGAGGAGAAGUUUGCGUUUGUGGAGGUGGGUGGCUGCAUUGUCUCAAUACGUUCAAAGUGGCAAAUGUCUCUUGGAAAAGGGUGGUUGGAGUGCUAGCAUGUGAGGUUCAGUAUAGGUAAAGGUAAAGAGACCCCCGACCAUUAGGUCCAGUCGUGGCCGACUCUGGGGUUGCGGCACUCAUCUCGCUUUACUGGCCGAGGGAGCUGGUGUACAGCUUCCGGGUCAUGUGGCCAGCAUGACUAAGCUGCUUCUGGCGAACCAGAGCAGUGCACGGAAACGCCUUUUACCUUCCCGCCGGAGCGGUACCUUUUUAUCUACUUGCCCUUUGACGUGCUUUCGAACUGCUAGGUUGGCAGGAGCAGGGACCAAGCAACGGGAGCUCACCCCGUCGCGGGGAUUCGAACCGCUGACCUUCUGAUCAGCAAGUCCUAGGCUCUGUGGUUUAACCCACAGCGCCACCCGCGUCCCUGAGGUUCAGUAUACUUGGGGUUAAACAUUUUCUCCUUUGGCCAAGUUGUUUCUGGUAUGUUUUUUUCUCUGUAAGCAACGCCAGUCCCACUGAACACUACCUGUGUUAGGGCUUUUCCAUACUGUACUUGCUUUUCUCCCUGCUCUUUCCAGGCACAUGUCCAUGCUUUAAAGCUCCAUGUCAGAGCACCUUUUUCCUUUUUCUUUCUCCUAUAAAAACCUGCUCUUUAAAGCUGAAUCAGAGCAAAUGGCAAUUUGGGUUUUCUACAGAUUCCCAUUUGCUCUGAUUCAGCAAUCCAAACAUUAGUUUUGGGGGUGGGGGGAAUUGACUUGGCAUGUUUCCCUUCACUACAGAAGGGCAUUGAAAAUAAAGGUCCUUUUUUAUCUUUAAUUACUCAGGUGAUUGCUAUGAUAAAAGGUCUGCAGGUGCUCAUGGGCCGCAUGGAGAGUGUUUUCAACCAAGCCAUCAGGAACACAAUAUAUGCAGCUCUGCAGGAUUUUGCUCAGGUGACACUGAGAGAGCCACUAAGGCAAGCUGUCAGGAAGAAGAAGAAUGUCCUAAUCAGGUGAGGCUGGCCUUCCCAAUACAAGCAAAACGUGGCUGUGAAAUCUUAAGGGAGAAACCAGAUGCUGCACUCAACACAAUACUGUCAAAAAUGGCAGCCCUGAAUGCAGUUCCCCCAGAGUUAAUCCAUUUUGUGGCAUUAUCACAUUAAGCCUUUCCCCUCUGAUGUUCCAUAUCAUUGGCUCCUUCUGAUAGGGGUGGAGCAACACACAACUGAAUGAGGUCACUGCAGGAGUUAGCAUCUCUGAACAUGAGGGAGGGAGGGGAAAUUUGACAUGCGUUUGGUGGCAACUCCAUGUCAAUCAUAAUUUAGUUCUACUCUUAAAUGUUCCUUUGUUUCUACAUAAUACUCAAGAGCUGUGUUGAAAGAAAAGAACAAUAGCAGCUAUUGACAUGGUUAAAACCAUAAUCCAUAAUCUCAGGAUGUUCCUAAGCAAUAAAGACAAAGGUUCACAAUCCCCCAACAAUUGCAGGAUUGUCCAAGGGCUUGUGUGAAACCAUAGCAGGAUGAUGAUGAUGAUGAUGAUUGGAUAAACAGACAACACCAACAUUCCCAUGUAUUUAAUAAACUGCUUUAUUAAUAAACUCCAAAGGGCCACAUGCAUAGAGUGUUUAUGUAUAAAACUCUGACUUUCCUGUGGCUGGAAGGUAAGGAUCACAUAAGCUGUGUGACCCAUUUUGGCCUCUGGCCACAGUACCACUGGCCCUAUCAGGUUUCCCAUGAGGUACUGUGGCCCCAAGGCUUUUAAAAAGACCCACACUGCUCCUGUAUUAAUUGUAUCUUUGCAUCAGUCCUGUGAGGUAGGCCAGUCUGAAGAAACAGUGAUUUACUAGGCCCUAUUCAGUGGAGAGUUGAAUCGAAUUUCUUUCAUCUUCCUAGUGUCCUCCAGGCAAUUAGAAAGACAAUCUGUGAUUGGGAGGGAGGGCGUGAGCCUCCAAAUGACCCCUGUCUGAGAGGCGAGAAGGACCCCAAAGGCGGUUUCGAUAUCAAGGUCCCACGCCGAGCUGUAGGGCCUUCUAGCACACAGGUAUGUACCUCCUUCUCUGCUGAGAGCAGUUUGGGACUCUAAGAUGUUGUGUCUGUAAACUAAACAUUUAGAAUGCUUUUGUUUCAAAGUUUCUCUUUAACACCAGUCACGCUGUCUUAAUUAUAUCAUGUAUAAUUAUGUAAUGUGUGAAUUACGUUCUGUGAAUCGCACUGUCCUUAGCAAGUAGGAUGUUGCAGUUCGUAACAUUGUUUUCUGUUCUAAACGUGCAGUUGGUUCGCAGUUCAGCAUUAAACACAUUGGUUAUAAAAGGAGGAGCCUCUCCAGUAACAUCAGCCUGCUUGUCCACUUUUCCUUUUCAAGGAGCCUUGAUCCUCCUGACAAACAGAUAUCAACACUAUUAACUCAGGUGGUGUAGGUCACAUCUUGGGUCCUCUGGAAGUCUGGUUAGAUCCUCUCACCUAAUAGGUGAUUGGCACUGUCAGAAAUGAAAAUCUAGUAAAUGGUGCUGGAGUAGUAUGUAUACAUCAUGGAGGCUGGAAAUGGUGUUUUCAUUCCCCUCCCCCGCCACAGUAGUUCUCUGAGGGACAAGAUAUUAUUCCAAUCAACAUAUAAUACACAGGACCUUUCAUAUUCAUUGGUUUGGAGCUAUUUAAAAGGUAAAGGGACCCCUGACCAUUAGGUCCAGUCGUGGCCGACUGGGGUUGCAGCGCUCAUCUCGCUUUAUUGGCCGAGGGAGCCGGCGUACAGCUUCCAGGUCAUGUGGCCAGCAUGACUAAGCCGCUUCUGGCAAACCAAAGCAGCGCACGAAAACACCAUUUACCUUCCCGCUGGAGCGGUACCUAUUUAUCUACUUGCACUUUGACGUGCUUUCGAACUGCUAGGUGGCAGGAGCAGGGACCAAGCAACGGGAGCUCACCCCGUCGCGGGGAUUUGAACCGCCAACCUUCUGAUCGGCAAGUCCUAGGCUCUGUGGUUUAACCCACAGAGCCACCCAACCUGGUGCCCUCCAGAUGUUUUAGAUUCCUGUUCCCAUCAUCCCUGACCAUUGGCCAUGCUGUCUGGGGCUGAUGGGAGCUGUACUACAGUGUUCCAGGUUGAGCAAAGCAAUUAAGUGGCAUGGGAAAUAUAAAUUGCCAAUAAUAAUAAUAAUAAUAAUAAUAAUAAUAAUAAUACAUUUUAUUUAUAUAAACAAGCUUUUGAGCUGGAAUUUUGUUAAUAGGUUUUUAAGAAAAAGUACAGAUGAACUCACUCUUGAGCGGUCAUUAGCUGUAGGAGAUGAUGCAGACUACAGGCAACCUCCCAUUUAUGCAGGGGUUACAUUCCAAGGCACUGUACGCAUCAGCGAAAGUGUAUAUAUUUGAAAAACAAUUGGAAAAGCCUACAAACAUUCUUGAAAACCCCUUAAAAAAUCCAAGCUCUCUCCAAACUUUGCUCGAAACCCCAACCCUCCAUAGGCCUCAGUGGUUGGUGCAAGGGCUCUUGGGUUUGCACUUGCAAAGGUUCUUGGGAUUGCUAAGUGCUGUUUCCAUGCCUCUUCUGACCUUUCUAGGUUUUUGCCAUUUUAAAAUUCACUUCUGGGUUUUGCGCGAUUUACUUGGAAGUAAAUUUUAUUGUGACUGUAUGCGCAGUCACGUACAUAUUGAACACACGUAAAUAGGGGGUUGCCUGCAUAAUAAGAAUAAUCACUCUCCUCUUGCAGCUUUAUAUGGUGAGAACCAUGCUGGAAUCGCUCAUUGCAGACAAAAGUGGCUCAAAGAAGACUCUCAGGAGCAGCCUGGAUGGACCAAUAGUUCUGGCCAUUGAAGAGUUCCACAAACAGUCCUUCUUCUUCACUCAUCUUCUCAACAUUAGUGGUAGGUAGUAACAGUCGCAGGUUUGAUAUGAAUGCAUGUUUGAUGUGUGUAAUUCGUCAAGGAUAGUAGCGUCUCAGGCAGCCUUUCUGUUGAUAUGAAUACAUGUUUUAUAUGAGUUAACAUUUCAAAGGAUAGUAGCAUCUGGGAGAAUCUCUCCCAUUUGCUGUAGCUCAUCUUAAGGUGCUUUUAGAUCUGGAUGUGAACUUUGUCAGAAAUUGCUACCAUGUGUGUUUAAACUGUUUUCUUGAAUACAGUAGUUUAUGGUCAUGAAGCAUGUUUAUUUCUUAAAAUAAAAAUCGUAUAUCAUGUACAUACUCUUUUCUUAACUCAUAUAUGCUUUUAUAUCUGAUAUAUAUUAUAAUUUAUAAUAAUAGCAGAUGUAGACUAGCCUUCUGCUCAUCCUUCAUAAGUGUUAAACCUUCCUUCGCUAUUUGUGUUUGUAGAGGCCCUCCAACAAUGCUGUGACUUAUCCCAGCUUUGGUUCCGGGAAUUUUUUCUGGAGUUGACCAUGGGCCGCCGGAUUCAGUUCCCUAUUGAGAUGUCUAUGCCUUGGAUUCUAACAGAUCACAUCCUGGAAACCAAAGAACCUUCUAUGAUGGAGUAAGAGCUCAAGGACGUUGUGGAAUGCAUCUGUGGAAAUAAAUGGGUUGGAUAUCUUUGAGAUGGCAAACUGAAGGCAUUUGUCUUUAUUGUGGCAUGUAUUCCUUCUAGCAUGUAAAAGGAAAUAGUGGCCUAGUGUCUAAGGUCAGGUACUAUUCCAUCUUUACUUGCCUUUCAUUUGGGGUACAUUGUCUCCUUUUGCCAUCAGAAGGGUGGAUGGCAAUGAGGACUGUCUUAAAGGGUAAGCCAGAUGUUUUGCCUAAUGGGAGGGGCUCCUCAGGUGAUGCAUAAAAUCGGCAUUCAUCGCUCUGGUCUUUUUAGAACCUGUGAAACAAGUGAGAUUGAUUUAUGGCAGUGGGGGGUAUGUUUCACUUGGGUAGUUCAAACUCUUCCAUCAGUUUCAGUUUGUGUGUGUGAAGAAAUUCGUUUUUAAAAGUCAGAGGAUUAAUAACAUGCAUUGUUAAAUUGUAAAUAUUGAUUACAUUUUAUGCAUGAAACUAAGUUUCCACUGGGUGUGCUUGGUUGGUUUGUUUUUAAACACAUUCUUACGAAGUGUCCAUAGCACACUGAAAUGCAGGUCCUGAUCUCUCUGACAGGAAGCUGCCAUAUUCAGAGUCAAACCAUUGGCCCAUGUAGCUCAGUAUUGUGCAUGCUGACUUGCAAUAGCUCUCCGAUUUCAGGCACGGUUCUCUCCCAGCCCUUCCUGAGGAGGCCAGGAAUUGAACCUGAGACCUUCUGCAUGCAAAGCAGAUGCUGUACCAGUGUAAUAUAGCCAUCCCAAGGACAGUUUUUGGUACUAUAUCUAUCAGGUCUUCCGUUCUCUGCCAUCACUGGCUCCCAUUUGCCAUUCUUCUUACUUCUUGCACCCUUGGACAUGACCAUGCUUCCCACGUGCCCUUUCCCUUCUUGCUCAUAUACAAAUACUUUUGAGUGCAAGAUUCCACGCACUCCAGGUUGGCUUUAGUGCUAAGUGAGCAGGCAGAGAACUUCUGCUUUAAAGAAGAAAGAAACGGAGGUGACUGUCAUACCCAAACACUGUGCUGGCAUGUCCUAAGCCUGUUUCCUUCAUUGCAGGUAUGUGCUGUAUCCAUUGGACCUCUACAACGACAGCGCUUAUUAUGCUUUGACCAAGUUUAAAAAGCAGUUUCUCUAUGAUGAAAUUGAAGCAGAAGUGAGCUUAUUUUCUUUUUUCUUACCUAAUUGUUCUUGUAACUUCAUAAACAAUUGUCCAGUCUUAUGCAUUUUGGUCCUAAAGCCUGUUUCUUUCACUCUUCUGACAGGUCAACUUGUGUUUUGAUCAAUUUGUUUACAAAUUGGCAGACCAGAUCUUUGCUUACUAUAAAGCAAUGGCUGGCAGGUAGGAGACUUCUGCUCGGUUUUGGUUCAAUUGUCAAAACAUGUCAAGCUUUUAACUGUGUUGUAUCAGCUGCUUCCUUAUCUGAAGAUCUUAUGGCUUGUGCAGGUGGUGAGAUCACAACAAAUAUACAUUGCUGGAAAAUGAGAGGAGAUUGUUAGCACAGAGUUGAAAAUGGUCCAUGUUAAUAACACAAACUGCUUAGUAUUGCAUACUCUUUAUUGGUAACUACCUUUUUAACAACUAAAUAUUGUCACUUAUCCAAAAUAUAUUGCCUAACCUCUGUUCCAAAUUUUGCACCAUGGAAACAGAACUUCUAUGUUAGUAACUUACAGAUUUUUUCAUGCACUAAAUCCCACAAUUAAUUUGAUGGUUCAGAUACCCUUGCUGAAUGUGUAUAGCAUAGGGGUAGCCAAAUGGAGACCUCCUGACUCUGUUGGACUUCUGGGGCGCAUCAAGUUCACCACCUAUUGCCUAGCUCUACUUUUAGGUGAAAUAUUGUUAAUAACAUAAAGCUAUUCAAGUAAAAGCAUUGACAAGUUGCUUUCCAAUUACAGUGUAUUAUUGGAUAAACGAUUCCGGGCUGAAUGUAAGAAUUAUGGAGUGAUUAUACCUUACCCGCCAUCCAACCGCUAUGAAACGUUGCUCAAACAGAGACAUGUCCAGGUACAACUUAAGUCGGUUGCAACAAGAUUCCCAGUCUUUUAUAUUGGCUUGCCAGCUGGGGAGGAAUCGUACAUCAAGUUUACAUUCCAGACAUCUGUGCGUUGCCAAUCUCUGCCAUGCACAGAGAUGUAAAUAUGAAAGCCUAAAUAAUUUUAUAUAGCACACCUCAGAUCCCAAGCCAGCCAAAGUUACUCUUGUAGUUGCUUCACCUAUGGUGAGAAGCAUCACACACAUACAAACAUUUUUUGGCCAUUAAAAGUAACUGUGUGAAUGUACUCAUAAUAUGAUUUCUAUCCCUAGUGAAAUAAUGGGCUUUAGUAGAAUGGACAGUUAUGGUUGGCAUUUCUCAUCCAUUCAUCUCAUGGCAUACUUUCAAAUAUGGAAGCGUUCUCCUUUUUAUUGUUUCCAUGGGAACAUAGGAAGCUGCCUUAUACUGAGUCAGACCAUUGGUCCAUCUUACUCAGUAUUGUCUUGCUCACUAACUGGGAGCCUCCCAGACAGGGUUCUCUUUUAGCCCUGUCUGGAGAUGUGGGACUGAACCUUCUGCAUUCAAAGCAGAUACUGAGCUACAGCCCUUCUCGCUCAUAUGCCCCAGCCAGCAGGGGUUGUUUUACCGACUGAAGCUCCACUUCAUGCAUACAAUUACUCCCUUACCCUCAAUUUUACUACAGUGGAGGAAGCAGAUCCUUGUGCAUAUUCCUUUGCAAGCAUGGGCUUUCCCUGGCUGCUGAAAUGAAUGGAUCAAAAUCCUUACCCCCAUUUUAUUAUAGAUAGGCCAACUCAUACAUUUGGGGUACAAGUUAGUUCUUUCUCUCUGCAUAGUAAUUCCGAAUCAAGGACCACUUCUUAAUCAUCUUCUCACUUGCUGUCUGUCUUGUGACUUCCACAGCUGCUGGGCCGAUCCAUCGACCUAAAUAGACUCAUCACUCAGCGUAUCUCAGCCGCAAUGUACAAAUCACUAGACCAGGCCAUUAGUCGCUUUGAAAGUGAGGAUCUGACAUCCAUUGUGGUAAGUUUUCCCAGUGGCUCUACUAAGGCUGGAUGACAGGAUACAGGUUGGAGGGGGGUGUUCCUAAAUAACAACUGUAGUAACCUCAACAUGUUUUUUCUUUCUUCAAUUUUGUAAGUUUUUACAUAGAACAGCUGUACUGUGGAGAGAAGAUCCAGAUACAUUAUUUCUCAUAGUCAGAAUGCCUCUGGGCACCAUAUGAUCUUUCCCAAGACCCUCUCAGAUCUGGAUUAAGGCGAGGAAGCAGAAUGGAAAGACCUACUUCCCAAUGCACAAAUAUUGCAUCUCUAGUAUAUUUAUAAUCCCCAGUGGAGUCUAUUCUCUUAUUACUAACGUGCUUACAGUAUGUAGAUUCAGGUCUUGCUCAUGGAUAUGUUACAAUCAGGAAUCAGAAAGGGAAGUUGUCAAUCCUAAAUGCAUCUUUUGAUAAUGGUGCCAAAGGAGACUGUCCACAUUCACUGGACCUAUCUCCAGAUGGGGGAAGAACUGUCAACAUCCUCUAGUGGUUGCUGAUAGCCUCCACACCUUGGGCAUUCAGCAUAACAUACCGCAUUUUUCCAUGUAUUAGACGAGGUUUUGUGACUCAAAAAUCGUGUGAAAAAACGGGGGUCGUCCAAUACAUGGACAGUGGAAUGGGGGGUGUGUGGCAUGCCCGCCAGCCAGCCAGUUGGUGGGAGCGCAACUUCCUCCGAUGCUGCAGUAAGCGGGAAACGAUCUAGGGAGUGUUUCCUGCACACAGCUGCGUGGGUGGGAGAAGCUGUGUGCCUCCAGCCAGCUGGUUGGUGGGAGCGCAACUUCCGGUGCUGCUGUGCAUGGGAAACACUCACUAGAUCGUUUCCCGCACACAGCGGCAUCAGGGGAAGUUGUGCUCCCACCAACCAGCUGGCAGGUGGGAGCACAACUUCCCCUGAUGCUGCUGCAUGUGGGAAGCGAUCUAGGGAGUGUUUGCUGCCCACAGCUGCAUGGGGGGAGAAGCUCAACAACUUUGGGCCAUCUCCCCUCAUUUUCUUAAAAUUGAGUUCCCAAAAAUAGGGGGGAGUCUUAUACAUGGGGGCGACUUAUAGACAGAAAAAUACGGUAGAUAAAAUUUAUUGGUUCUCUUCUUGGCAAAGAAGAGGCAUAAAUAACCGUGCACUGGAGUAUGAGAUUUUCAAAUAGUUGGGUCACUAAGCAAUUGCCUAGUGUGAUACAACGGCUAAGAGAUUGCCUUGUGAAAAUUCAGCCCGAACCCCUUAAGUCUUGUCUCUGCCAUGAAUCCAGUCAGUGGUCUUAGGAGGUCACUGUGUCUCAGCCUACAUCUCCCCUUUCUUCUACAGUUUGCAGUAUGGGUACAAUAAUAAGCUUUGUAAGGGUUAGUCAGCUGAUGUAAGUAAGCGGUAUAAAUAUAACUGUUAAGAAAAUUGUGUUGCCUUUAUAAUUCUUCCCCUGGCAUCAGUCCAGAUCAGAUGUAUGGUGUUUUCAGUCCACAACCUGUUAGAAAAGUGCCCACUCCUUUCUUUGGGUGCAGGAGCUUGAAUGGCUUUUGGAGAUAAACCGUCUGACGCACAGACUGCUGUGCAAGCACAUGACCUUGGACAGUUUUGAUGCCAUGUUCCGAGAGGCCAAUCACAAUGUCUCGGCUCCUUAUGGUCGCAUCACCCUGCAUGUCUUCUGGGAGCUGAACUUUGACUUUUUACCUAAUUACUGCUACAACGGGUCUACUAACAGGUAAGAAGAAAAUGUCAAAUAGCUCAGUUGGUAGAGCGUGAGACUCUUAACCUGGGGGUCGUGGGUUCGAGCCCCACAUUGGGCAAAAGAUUCCUGCAUUGCAGGGGGCUGGACUAGACUCUUGCCGUCCCUUCCAACUCUACAGUUCUGUCAUUCAAAGUGAGGUGCAGUUUGAAGGCUAGUUAUAGCUUAUGGGUGCAUUUCAAGACUCAUGCUCUUCAUCCUUCUUGACCCAAACCAAGGUGGAUUACACAUAAUCAAUUUCACAAUAGAGUAUUGAAACUGAAAACAAUUAUAGGCAUUGCUCUUGAGUUGGUCAGGGUUUUGGCAUAGUUAAUUUUAGAUCAGAAAAAUGACAUCUCAUUAAGCUGUCAGGGUUGGAUGGAAGGGGAAGGGUCACAUAAAGCUGGUUAAUGUGGGAGUCUUAGAGGAUACUGUAAAUAUUUGUGUACAAAUGUGAUGGGGUUGUAUCCAAAGUUGUGGGAACGAAAAGCAUACAGCUGAUCUCCCCCCCCCCCCCCGCAGCCCAAAAUCCUUCCACUUGAUAUUGGAUAAUUCCUCCCUCAUAUUGCAGCCCUUUUUCACAUUCGCAGGGUUUUCAGAGGCUGGAGGAGGGAGGAGAGGAAGAGAAAGAUUGAUUGACUGAGCUCUGCCUUCUACACCAUUGGAUACAGCCCACAGAAUUCAUAAUAGACACGGAGCUCCGUUAUAUUAUAUUAUAUUAUAUUAUAUUAUAUUAUAUUAUAUUAUAAUUAUAUUAUAUAGCUUAUUGACUAAACUGCGGAUAAAAAUAUGUAGCAUUGUUUGAUACAGUUCUUUGAAGAAGCAUUUAUGUUAAAAUAUAUUUUCAGUAACACUGAAAUUCUAGUGAUUUGUAUUAACAGUUAGAAAUGUUCAUUUCACAAGUAAAAUAAAAGGGGUUUUUUUCACCGUACUUGGUAGGUGAAUACAAUAAAAAUAGGAAAAUAUUGUUUCUAACUGAAAAUAUUAGUAAAACUGCCAGUUCAUGCAGGAAAAUAAUUAGUUAACUUGGUGCAUAAAGUAAUAAUGUAAGGAGGGAAUCAUAGUGCAAUACACAUCUACUCCAAAACAAGCUUCGGAUGCCAUUUUCUUCCAUUUUUCCACAAAUACCAGAUUUGUACGGACAGCAAUUCCAUUUACCCAAGAACCCCAGAGAGAUAAACCAGCCAACGUCCAGCCGUACUAUCUUUAUGGAUCUAAGGUGAGUCAGGAAACAUAUUGGGUAUUCAGAGUCCAGUUUGGAAGGAGUUUCAUUUAAAUGAAUGAUUUAAUGAAAGAUGCACCUUAAUUCAGUUAAUGUCAGAGCGUAGCAACUGCAUUGCGGCUUUCUGUAACAUUAGUGUAUCUGAGGGUCAGUGAGACAUUUUUCACAAAUGAUGUCCAUUUGGCCAGUUUCCAUGUGAUUUGUGCCAGGAAAUACUGCAGGGGGCUGGUGCAGUCCUCACAUCAUUACACAAACUGUCUGCAUCAGUGCUCCAUUACUGCAUUGCCUUGCUUAAAUGUUAAUGUUACUAACCCUCCCAUAAUGUUCCUUUAUCAUUGGACAAAUAUCGCAAUACCCAUCACCCCACCUGUUGUCUCAACUUCCUUUUCUCCUUAUUAUUGGCUUUUCCUUAAGAAAAACAAGCUUUGGAGAAGUAUAUCCAUUACCCCUUUACAGAUGGGCCUGGUUCAUGCAUAAUGAUCCCAGUCCAAUAAAUUAUGGCUUCCUUCUCAUCACCCCAUCUCCUCUGUUCUCAAGUACCCUUCAUUUGUGGGUUUUUAAAACCAUGGUUUCCCAUGAUGUCAGACCUGGGAAACUGUUGUUUUAAGUAUUUCCAUCAAAUGACAAUCACAAUGCAGGAUCAGAUUCUUGACUCCUGUACAUUUUUCUGUUCCAACCUGAGGUUCAUUUCAUGGCAAAAAAAAUGUUCCAAUGUACAUAGCAAGCAGUGUUAGGCCACAUCCAAAGCCUUCCCCCAACACUACAAUGAAUGAAGAAGUCAAUCAAUGCAAAUUCUGGAGCUCAUUCUUUAAUCAGAGCAUCUGUAGAGCUUUGGACUGAGGCAAACAUGGUAAACAUGUUUUUCAUUAAAAUCAUUGAGUUAAUGGCCAUAAUCCAAAGGUAUACACACAGAGAGAGUAGGAUGCUGGCACAGCAGGAAAUUUGCUCAUUGCUCAUGGCAGUUCCAACUGAAGACAGAAACUUCUUUCUAAAGUAGACAGUGCUGAUAUCUUUGCAGUGGGAAUUGAAGAAGGCAUUUACAACAAGGCCCCCAACUGUAGACAUGUUCCUCAAGUUCCCCACCCUGGUGUGCUCCGAUCACUUCUUUGGAUCAUCACAAUCUGUAUUUUUAGGCUCGGGUUUUUAAUCAGAGCUAAUGACUCUAUAUAUUUGCUUUAUAGAAGGUUGAAACGUGAUUAUUUUAAAAAAUAAAACACUAUGGUACCAUCUGUUUGCAGAGACGGCAAAAUCACAUUGAUAGGAAAUGUCAUUGUCUGUGUUAGCCAAGAUUUAGAUCUGAUCUACACAUUACUCCAGCAACAGACCAGUUAAAACCAUCUGAAAAUAACGACUAAUGUGAAAUGACACAUUGUUCCUCUGCAUCAAAUGGAAGGUCUCCAUGGUACUUCAGUAGUGAUCUUCAGGCUAUUUCAGCACAAGCAUGGAGAUUCUUCACACAGUAAGCUUAAGAAGAGUCUGCUGGGCCAUCUUUCCCAGCAUCCUGUUCUCACAGUGGCCAACCAGAUGCCUGUGGGAAACCUGCAAGCAGGAUUUGAGCACAAGAGCACUCUUCCCCUUAUGCAGUUUCCAGCAACUGGUAUUCAGAAUCAUUACUACCUCUGACCAUGAAGUCCUCCAUCGUAGCUAGUAGCCUUCAACAGCCUUCUUCAGGAAUUUACCUAAUUCUCUUUUAAAGCCAUCCACGUUGGUGAUCAUCACUGCUUCCUGUGGCCACAAGUUCCAUAGUUUAACUAUGUACCGUGUGAAGAAGCACUUCCUAUUAUCUUUUAAUCUUCACCUUCAUUGGAUGCCUAGGAGUUCUAGAAUUAGCCAUGCAUAAUUUCAUGCACUUUCAUCGUGUCACAGAAAGGAGGACGGUCUGGGACUGAUGUGGAAGCACUUAUACAUAUUAAACCUGCAGUAUGGAGAUGCUACCAUCUUGACUGCAAUUUGCAGCUGCCUCCACAUGGGGGCCACAGCAGAUAGAUUGUUCCUCCACUAAGUUCCCAUUCUUUAGAAUGAAGAAUUUUGUGUAGGUCAAACGCUUUUCCUACUCCACCACCAACAGAAACUGAUCCAUUUUACCUGCUUCAUGUAAAGUUAGCACUUCAUUUGCUUGGUAUACAGUGGUACCUCGGGUUACAUAUGUUUCAGGUUACAGACUCCGCUAACCCAGAAAUAGUACCUUGGGUUAAGAACUUUGCUUCAGGUUGAGAACAGAAAUCUUGCUCCGGCGGCACGGCGGCAGCAGGAGGCCCCAUUAGCUAAAGUGGUGCUUCAGGUUAAGAACAGUUUCAGGUUAAGAACGGACCUCUGGAACGACUUAAGUACGUAACCAGAGGUACCACUGUAUUUUCAUUAUUUAUUUAUUCAUUCUAAGCAGCCCUUCAUCGUGUAAGAUGGGUGGAGAAACCUUUUUUUAACACUGAGGACCACAUUUCCAUGGCAGCUCUCCUGGGGUCCACACGCCCAGUGGACCCCAGGUGAUGGAUCUAGGAUGCAGUGCUGACUCCAGAGAAGUAUAUGGCCAGGUUUUCAUUAGUUUCUGAUCUAGUAUAUCAAAGAGUAAAAUUUACCCACCAAAGCAGAUUGAUGAGAGAGGCUGUCAAGCACAGCUAUUUUCUUGAGAUUUAGUUCCUGUGUUUCACCUGUCAGAAGAGAAAUGCCUAUGAGUCUCUUCCAGAGAUGCACUUGGCAUUCUGGAGUGAUGAAUUUACUUGAAUGUUAUGGGCUGUAGUAAAACGUAGGUAAUGGCAGCAAAUCAAGCAACAGCCGUUUAGAUGAAUUGCAGGUCAAUCUUCUUGUUGUUGUUUUAGUCGUUUUAAAGUUCAGUGUUUACAGUUGAUGAACACUCUUGCCAUGUGAAAAUCAAUACACCAAGAGUAAUGUAUCCGGUUCUGGGCAUUACAAUCUAAGAAGGACAAGCUGGAACAUGUGCAGAGCAGGGCAACCAAGAUGACCAAGGGUGUGGAAACCAAACCUUGUGGGAAACAGUUGAAGGAAUUGGGUAUGUUUAGCCUGGAAAAGAAGAGUCUGAGAGAAAAUACAAUAGCCGUCUUCAAACAUCUAAAGGGCUGUCACAUGGAAGAUUGUAUUCCCCUGUUCUGGGUGCUAAAUUACAAGAAAGGAGAUUCUGAUUAAACUCAGAAAUAACUUUCUGGCAAUAAGAGCUGUUCAAGAGUGGAAAGGCCUCCUUCAGGUUUUUAAGCAAACCAUGUAUGCCUUAGUUGAGAUUCCUGCAUUGCAGGGGUUGGACUGGAUGACCCCCCGGGUCCCAACUCUACAAUUCUAUCAUUUAUAUAAGUGGAAAGGAAGAGAGAGAUGACUGGGAUCAGGUUCAGAAUUGCAUGCUGUAGUCUUAGGGACUUCCUAUGUUCAAAUGUAUCUACAGGAAAAUAUAAAGAAAACUAGGAAAGCACUAGGUAUUUCUCAUGCUAGGUUCUCUAAAGCAUUGUUGAGCAAACUGACAUGCUUUUUAAAAAAUGAGUCCUUUUUUCUGUGGAUUACUGUUUGCCACUGUACUUGAAAUUAAAAUACCGUAGUAAUGUUUGGAUGGCUCAGGUUCCUUUUUAUUAUUUUAUAAGCAGGGCAAUAGGAAAGUGUUUGUCAGAGAUGACUGUCAAGAGAAAAUAGCCAGCCAGCCACCCACGUAAAUUCACCUUUAUAGCACCUUUUGCAGCAGAACCAUUGUAGGUUAAAAAAAUGGAAUGUAUUACUUUCCAUCAAAACAGGAAAUAAUAUGUACAAAUAUAGCACAUGACUAUUGUUUUCAUGAGUUUGUUCACCCAAAAAAUACUGGUAGCAUAACAUUAGUAAUUCUGAUUUAAGGAGUCUCUAGUUACCUAAUGCAAGAAGAAUGGAUGGUAUUCUCUGUUGUUUCCUAAUUUAAGGACUCUGUCUGUCCUGGUAGCAAUGCAGGAAAUUGCACUCUGCCUUUGCCUAUAAGGUGUGGAGCUGAUGUCAAGUGUCUCCAGUGUGAUUGUGAAACAGAGUAGGGAUUCAAAUAUAUAUAAGAUACUUUUGUAGAGAUGACUCCCCACUUAUGUGGGGGUAACAUUCUGGCCCCCUGUGCACAUAAGUGAAAUCACGUAAAUUGGGGAGCACUCUUUAAACACUCUCUGUGCCCAUCUCUCUUUAAUCCACACUAAAAAUACUGUAUCCAAAAACAUCCACAACUAGAAUUGAAGCUCUGUGAUCGGCAGUAGUUAUUUUUUAUUAACCAAUCUUACAGUACAAUCCUAUGCAUGUUUACUCAGAAGCACGUCUCACUGUUUAGGAAUUAUUAUUAUUAGGAAUGUGUGCUUAGGAUUCCAGCCUCAAAAACAGCGAUACAUAAUGCCUUCCAUGUUUUAAACAAUGCCUGAAAAUUCAGAACUGCAAGUACUUCUGGGUUCCUUUUGUAAAAAUGGCAUCAUAUUUAUUUUCCAGGAAUGUGAAGUAAGCACAAGUAUCCAUUAGCAACUGAAUUAAUUCCUUUCUGUUCCAUUGCUUAUUGCUACAUAUGAAUUCAGGCAGAGACAAAGAGCUGCUAAAACUCCCACACAGAAGAACAUGUUGAUUCACUGCUGCUAUAUCCCUUUCUGUUCAGUAGCUGCAGUCUUCCUUUUUCAGUGUGUAAAUCCACUUUUGAAUAUUCAUCAGCUGUUUAGCAUCCACAUGCUGUUCUUUUUGUAUUUGUAAUAGCUGCAACUGUUAUGCUACUUAAUACAGGGAGUAACUUAACUACACUUCUUGUGCUCAUCUUUGUAAUUCUUUUUACACGUUUUUAAAGAAUUUACUUGUUUUAACAUCACUGUCCCACGUAAAGUGAUCCUUAUGUGCAUUUCUUAAACUAUUUUUAAAUUUUUAUAAAUAUAUUGUUUUACCUUUACCUCAUCACUAGAAAGUUGUGCAUAGGCUGUGAUCAGGAGCUCUGAUCAACAUGUUGAGGUGAAGGGUCAACUCACACAAUCCUGCUCCUCACUCACUCUGCAUAUUGACUGAACUUGUCUGAACAAGGCUAUGAUGAAAGUCUUGGGAAACAGGACUAUAGCAAAGUACUUCUCACUAUUGCUUAUUCAGAUUUCACUUGGACACUCCCAUUAAAUGGACUCUACACCUGGUGUUCCAAUCUUCCAUAAAUUGCUUAAUGAAAAUGAUGUAACAUACAAAGCAAAGAGACCUCUGUUUAUAUGUCAUCACACAAUUUACCGUCGCUUGGCAUCAGCCAAUCAUGUUAAUUAUAUUUACUCCAGUAUCUACAUUAAUUCCAUUAUCACAUUGAUAUCAAAAUAUAGUACCUUAUUGAUGCACAAGCUAAUGAUUCAUAGGAGGCUGUAAUCAUGAUGUUAGAAUAAUACAAGGAAAGCCAACAGAAGGCCAAAGGGUACUUGUUGGACAUGUUAAACAGAAGUGAACAUCCAGUGUCUUAUUAUAGUAAUGGUGUUGCAAUCACAGUUUGUUCAUAUAACUUUCCUUAUAAAUGGAGAUUGAACAAUGCAUGUCUCCUCAGAAGUUAGACACGUUGAGUUCAGUGGACCUCACUUCUGGGAAAGUGUGUACAGGAGUGCAGCCUAAGAAAAAUGUGUCCAGAGUUGGCAAAGAAACACAGAUAACAACAGGGGAAAAAACACUGUAUGAGAGGCACAUUUGCUUUUGGACAGAGAUUCCAGAGUUUUGUGCAGAGAAUUCAAAAUUCUCUGUCAGCCUACCACUAGAUUCUGUAAUAUUAUUAGCAAAAUAGGAAAAUGUUUACUUAGUGAUCUGCAAGCUUCAAACAGUUUGUAUAGCUGUUCAAUAUAUUUUGAAGAUCCAGUAAUGGUUUUGUUUUUGCCCACCCCCACAGCCACUCAACAUCGCCUACAGCCACAUCUAUAGCUCCUACCGGAACUUUGUGGGACCUCCUCAUUUCAAGACAAUCUGCCGGCUCCUUGGGUACCAAGGGAUUGCUGUGGUGAUGGAAGAAUUGCUGAAGAUCGUCAAGAGCCUGGUAAUGGUGAAGUUGUGGAUGAGGUUCAGGCCAGGAAGUCAAAACAAUUCUGUAUAUUGAACAAUACAUUUUAAAAAUAAAAUGUAUAUUAUUUUAGAAUAUAAUUUCCAUUACAUUGAGAUGCCUGUUUUGGGUUGGCAGAGUAUCUCCACUGAAAAUAUUCUGUUCUGGACUCUGAUUACAUUGUAUUGGAUCAAAGACAAUGAGAACAAAAUUAAGCACCAGGAACUUGGGAAAUGAAAGAUGUUCCUGGACCUAUCUGCAGUGCACAUUUAUAUCAGUCUCUGAUCUCCCCAGACCUCACUUUGCAAUUAGAAACAUAGGAAGCUGCCUUAUACUGAGUCAGACCAAUAUUCCCUCCAGUUCAAUAUUUUCUGUGAUGACCGGCAGCAGCUGUCCAGGAUUUCAGACACGGUCCUCUCCCAUCCCUAGAUGCUCUACCACUGAGCCACAACCAUUCCCCAGGGUUCCCUGAAGCUUUGUUUAGAACCUUUAAAAAAAGGAACACCACUGUUGUAAAUCAUUUUCAUAAACGCAUCUGUGGCCACUUUGUAAAACAGAAUAAACUUUCAACUUUAAGCUGAUCUUCUAGAGCUGACCUUUUUGUUCUUCUGCUUCUUGUAGUUGCAAGGGACCAUCCUUCAGUAUGUGAAAACCUUGAUAGAGGUGAUGCCAAAGAUCUGCCGCCUGCCAAGGCAUGAGUAUGGAUCUCCAGGUUGGUACUUGGAAUGCUUCAUGAGAUGGCUAUCAAUGUCAGUUCUUCCCUAUGUGCAUCUUUAUUUAUCUGUGAAAUUUAAUGCACUUUCACCAUUCUGCUCAGGAUGGCUUGUGUGCGGUUAUCCUGCUCUAAAAUAAGUUAUGCCAAGAGAUAGUUACUUGCCUAAGGCCACCUUCAUAACAAUGGAGGUUUGAACCUAGGUGUCCUUGGCAUAGGUCCAGUGUUCAGCCCAUUAUACCGCACUACCUUUUCCUGUGGUUUCAGUUUGUUGAUGUCGAUGUGUGGAGAAGUCUCCUAAAAGACUAAAGAUUAUGGAGAGUCCAUGCUGACAUCCCACCAGGAGCAGAUAGCCGGGUUAUCGUUCAAGAAAGCUGUUCUGUCCACCCAAGAGAUUUCAGGUGGGGAUGGAGUUGUGUUUGGCCUGGAUGGUGGUGGAACACGAGCAUCAGCAUGUCAGCACAUGUUAUGUCAAUGCUGACCUAGUCCGAAUUGAUGGACUAGGUUUGCUCCACCCCUGUCCAGUUUGCUAUUCUCAGCUCCUGCCAGGUUGCCCUUGGGCCACAAUGUUAGGACUAGAAGGUCACUAAAUUCCAAAUAGGAAUCCUCUAGUUUGCAGUGGUUUUGUUGCUGUUGUUUUGCCUACUCUGUACAGGGCCUUAGAGAAAGUAAUAUGUCCUAACAUCUUGAGCUCACAAGAAACAGAGGUAUCUGGAGUAUCUUUCUCUUUCCCCUACUUUUUUCCGGGUAUGAUUGGCUGUCAGUAGCGUCCUUCCACAGCAUUGCUCUUCAGGUGUGGAGCAGCCCGAGCCAUAGACUUCUAAGAAAGUUGAAAUGAAAGUAGAGUGUAUGAGGCAGGCGCUCAGGACCACAGCUACUUCUAAAGGCAACACCAACUUGCUCUUCACAGUUGGUACCCUUCUUUCUUAUCAUAUCAAUCCAUAGUUAAUUUCUUCCUUUCUCUCUUGCUUCUUACUAGGAAUCCUGGAGUUUUUCCAUCACCAGCUGAAGGAUAUAAUUGAGUAUGCAGAGCUCAAGACGGAUGUGUUCCAGAGUCUGAGAGAAGUGGGUAAUGCCAUUCUUUUCUGCCUUCUCAUAGAGCAGGCCUUGGUGAGUUAAAAUGAAUUCUUUCAAAAAUUGGCAGGGUUUUAAAUAGAUAAAUCAACCAACCAACCAGAUGAGCUCACCCAGUUCAGUUAAUAUGUUGAUGCAACUGUGAUUUAAUUAAUGAGGGUGGCACCAUUUGUGUGUGUGUGUGUGUGUGUUUAAAUGGUUUGGUAUCAGUUGUAAAGCCAUUUUAAUGAGAAUAGACUUGAGGAGAUAGCUGGUGGAAAUCAGAAUGUACAAACCAUGGCAUGUGGGAAUUAAAUUAACAUGAAAGUGGUGUGGAUUGUGGAGUGGUUUCAGGAACAGAAAGGCUCUGUGCUUUUAACUGGUUUGGAAGAACAGAUCAUCAUGAGGCUUCGUUGUGGAUUUAGUGUGUUACAUACACAUGGCAUGGAGCUAUAGGGAUAAAGGGAAGUUUGGGGACUCUCAUAUGCAUGGCAUUUUUAUGUGGUAUGGGUAUGUACCCUGCUCGGAGUAAAUCCAAACAGUCUACGUGUCCCUUCAACUUCAUCCUUUGCUGGUCCCUUGCCUGUUCUUAUAGACCCCACUUCAGGAUUGCUAGUAAUAGUGAUAUCUGUACAGGUUGCAUACUUUGCAUGACAUUGCUGUUUGAAUUUGCAAAAACAGUGCCUGAAUUCUUAAAGUACCUCCACUGUACUACUUCCUGCACAUCUGGUUUAGCACCAGCACCAAACCAUGAGUGCAGAUAGUUGCUUUCUGGAUAUCCCUUAGUGCCCAGCCUAAUCCUUUUGGUGCAUCCCACCUUCUGUUAAGAGGAAGAAUGUGUCUUCUUGGGAUGCUUGACUGUAUCAUAGCUCUCUUGAACAGCAUUUUCUCCCAUUGUGGCUAUGUUGGUCCUUCCGAUCUGCAUAAUGUUAAUGUGCGCUUGAAUGUGCACAACAGCCUCCCCCACCCCCUUACUGGAUACUUAUUCACUGAGUUGCUUUUCAUAGUAGAGACACAUCAUUAGUGUAUUAGGGAGCCAAUACUAUUUUGAUAUAGGAGCAAAAUGCCAAUGGCAGCAUGGAGGUAAGCGCAUCAAGGUCAUAGUCCAAGAACAAGUAUUCUGGGAAAGGACAAUCAGCAGAAAUUAUAUGUGUUGUAUGUGAAUAAACCUAUCCAGUCUUUCUCUCAGUUCUAAAUUCAUCAGUGAAGAUUUGGAUUAAAUAAUGUAAAAUGAAUCAUUCCUUUGUACUUUCUGAUGGCCAUAAAGGCACACAUAACUCAAUCCAAUACAAAUUUGGUUACUGUGUUCGAUAUGACUGAUUUAUUAUUUUUUCCUCUACGAGUGUCUAUAUAUUUCCUGCUUGUGACUGAAGAGAGAACAUUUUGACACAAGCUUACUUUUCUUAAUUUCACUGUUGUUGUUGUUAUUGUUGUUAUUGUUAUGGAUAAAAGUUCCAGAGUACUAGUGGUUUUGCCAAUCAUAGAGUGGUCUUUUGACAAAGACCUUCUGAAUUCAUGAUUUCCUGAACAUCGUAAUGCCACUUAAUUUCUUGUAUGAUUAAUUAAAAAGAAAGAAACCCAUUUCCUUUUCCAAGGACAAACUAAUCUAUCAAUUUACUAAUCUAUUAACUUGUGCUUGGGAUGUGCAACAGAGCACACAUAGUUAAACAUAAGAGAUGUGGGCUGACGGACGCCUUCUUCAUUGCCCGCUAUGGAAGGAGAAUUCCUUCUGCCAUAGUCAGCAAUGAAGGCCUUCCCUCUGUUUUCGAGAUGAGAUUGGACAUUUAGCAUGGGGUUUCUUGAAAAGUAGGAAGCAGUCACAUACCAUGAGACAGUUAGCUAUUUAUUAAGUAUUGCAAUGGAAGUUGAAACCCAUCUUCUAGGACGUUCAUUGUGCUAUUUUUGGUAAGCAGCCAAGGCUUUAGAUGAGGGACCUGUGCACGUAUUUUUGACACUACAAGGCAUGGCUGGUGAUUGGAGAAUUGAUCACAGCAUUCUGAAUGUGUCCUCGCACAGAGAUAUAUUGGCACCUCCCCCUUUUGCAGCGUCUUGCCUCUUUGCAUGCAGCCUGCAGCCAUCAUGGUUUACUUUGUUGCUGUGCCACCCUGUAGACUCAUGCAGAAUUUGCUGCCAACCAUUACUCAAGUCUCCUCCAGCAUUAUUGCUUCUCAGGUCUUGCCUCUUUGUAUGUCUGCACUUUGGAUUACCUUUGAAUAUCUGUAUGUGUUUUCAAGUUGCUUCUCAUUCUUCUGUGGUUCCCUCUCGGCCUCUUCCAGCCUAGUCCAAAAGCAUGGCUACUUGGAAGUAAGUCCCUCCUAAGGUCUCUUGGGCCUUACUACCAAAAGAGCAUGCUGAGGAUUGAAAUUUUGAUACUAUUUAUUUCUCUCUCCUCAUUAACAUUUGUAGGUCUUAACUAUCUGCUUGCAUCAACAGUAAAUGCCUUUUGUAGAGCAUCAUAAAACCAAGCAUACAUAUGACAUUAUGUAAGGUUUCUCAUUCAUCAACAUAGGCCUUACAGCCACAGAGCUACAGAGUCCCUCCCAAGAGAUAGUGUUUUCUAAACCUAGAGACGGUUGCAAUGAUUAAUUGCAGUGAUUUUUUUGCAGUCUCCAAUUUACAUGCACUACACUGGCUUCUAAGUGUGUUUAUAAAUGUGGUGCCAAACAGAGAUUUGCAUUCCCUUUGUUUCACAUGUUCCUUAGAAUGAACCACCAGACAGUCUUUUUUUUGUGUGUGAGUCUUAGAGCAGUUUUUCCAAACUGCUUUCAGUGGCAAGGUAUUGGAUGUGUCUGCAGCAGCUGCCCUUCCCCAAAGGCCUCAGAAUACACCAGGGGAAGCUGUUUCGCUUUUCAUACCAGGUAGCAUCCCUGUCUAGGAUUCUUUCUCUGGGCUUUGUACUGGGAAAGUCUGUACCUCAUUAAAAUUCUCUGGGUCCGGAUACAUGAGGGACACUGACUGUCUUUAAGCUUGCCAUUUUAAGCCCCAAGCUGAGGUGUUAGCUGGAGUCACACAGUAUCAGGUAACAGGUCCAGAAUGCCAAACCCAACUAACGAAAGCAGGGUCAGCCUCAGGGCAAACUAGACUUAAAGAUCUGUGAACAGGAUGUUCUGCCUUUUUUUUUUUUUUUUUUUAAUUAAAAGCCAACUUGAGAGGUGUGUGUAAUUUGGAUUAGCGCAAUGCGUAACCUGGUAGUUAUAUAUUUUCCUCUGGGCGGUAAAUAGGAGAGGGGAUUGGGGGGAAGGGAAUUUUAAUCAGGAAAACAGUGUGGUGGAAGAGUUAAUACCCUUUGCACAGUGCCACAAGCACCAUCCAAGUGGCACUACCAUCACUACCUCCACCCCUCUGGUGGCUUUUAUGUAUUGAAAACUGGGAUAUCUGUGAUAUUUUCCAGUGCCAUUUCUAGUUUGAGCCUGAGGUUUUGAGGACCUAGGCUAAUUCCCUGUAGGAGUUACUUAGGACAGCAGAUAUAAAUGCAAUAGAGCUUAAUAUUGCCAUGAUGUCUACUAGUAGGGCCUGGGUUUGUCAGAAGGCCCACUGCUAACUUAUCCUGAGUUUCAUAAAAUGUAAAGGGGUAUUUUACUGUAGUGCUGUAUGGAGAUGUCCAUAGAUGGUGCCUUCUCUUUCUUCAUUGGCAAGCUGAUGGAAGAGAGAACUGCUCUGAGUGUUAGGUGGCUCAAUUUAUACACUGCAAGGCCUGAGCUGUCCUUCUGAAGUUCUGCAAUUGCUAAGUCGUCAUCCUCUUCAGAGAGGUCUUUGGAGAACCAGGCAGAGGGCCUUCUUGGUAGUGGCGCCUGCCCUGUGGAACGCCCUCCCAUCAGAUGUCAAGUAAAUAAACAACUAUCUGACUUUUAGAAGACAUCUGAAGGCAGCCCUGUUUAAUUAAGUGUUUAAUGUCUAAUGUUUUACAAUUUUUUAUGGGUUGUAAGCGGCCCAGAGUGGCUGGGGAAAGCCAGUCAGAUAAAUGAUAAUAAAAAUUAUUAUUAUUAUUAUUAUUAUUAUUAUUCCACAUUAGGCCUGUUAGAUACAUGGUACAUGAGAAUUCCUGGACAGAAGGAUCUGGCUAUGAGGCAUUAAUAGAAGGAAUAGGAGUUGAGUUAUUGAGUUACAGUACCGGCUUUGCAUAGGUUGUUUAUUAUUAUUAUUAUUAUUAUUACUGCUUAUAUACUGCUUUUGUCAAAAGUUACUUCUAAGUGGUUUAGGUUUACAAAUGGAGACCAUGUGUAAAUGUUUGUAACCACACAAGGUAUACCUUGGUGCAGACAGUCACACAAAGUAGAAUGAGGUUGAGCAGCACUUACCUGGAAUCCUGGCAGAGUGUCGCACUGUUCAGCCACAGGGUUUGGACCAUUAUCCAUCCUUGCCUUAGAUCCUAUUACUAGAUGAGUUAAAGAACCACAGCAAAGCUCCAGAUUUUACCAUAGUUUUUUUAAAAAAUCUUGUAUUGGUUUGCAUAAACUUAACAUGGAUUCAAAAGGCAUUCUCUUCCAGUUCUGUCACCCAUGAGAUUGGGCUAUAUUUGAAUAAGCCCUCUGGAGGCACAUAGAUCAGUAUGGUCACCCCAAGUCUUUCAGACAGCUGAACAACUAGUCCCACGGGGAAUUUUUAACACCUUUUAUCUUUCUUCCUCCUGCCUCAGUCCCAGGAAGAAGUGUGUGAUUUGCUGCAUGCUGCUCCCUUCCAAAAUAUUUUGCCCAGGGUCUACAUCAAAGGUAAGGAGUGGAGAGGUGGUCAGAUGUCAGUCAUUAUUCCCAUAGAUGUGUUAAACCUAUAGAGCUGCAGAGACAUAGCUGGCAAUCGAUAAGUUUCAACAAAACUUGCUUAGGCCCUUAGCACUAGUCAGCCAUUCAUUGAACUGAAUUUAAUAGUCGCCCUGCUGAGCAGUCCUCAUGAAAGGUAACUUUUCGCAACCCUUAUCCGCAAAAGCAAGAAGUUUGCUUUCAAAACAAGAUCCUUUUACAAGUGUGCUGGUGUUGCGGCUGUAAAUUGCAGAGUCCCUUCUUUGCGAUGCGCUACCCUGCUUUUGUUCCGUCACACUGGUCCCAGAAUUGGAUAAUGGUUGGGAGGUGACUCUGAAAUGCUGGAAUUUUUUUUCCCGUUUUGCUUUCUCAUUUCACUGUUUGCUGCUCGCUUAACAGAAGGAGAACGCUUGGAGGUACGCAUGAAGCGUCUCGAAGCCAAAUAUGCCCCACUUCACCUGGUUCCCUUAAUAGAGAGGCUGGGAACACCGCAGGUAAGGAUGACAUUGAAACCCACACGGGGUAACUAAAAAUUUCACAUUACCCCCCCUCCCCGCAAUUCCCAGAUUAUCUCUGAGCUACAAGAAGUCUUUCUGGAUACUGACUUCAUUUCAGUUCUACACGGUAUAGUUUGUCCAUAGAUAUUUCACUGUUACCAAGCAAAAUUAAAUUAUCUUUACUGAGGAUCAGUGCACUGUGUGUGUUUCAUGAUGGCCCCUGAUAUCACUCAGAAGCUAACUGAAGCAAAGAUAAAAAAAGAAUCACUUUGUUCCUGAUUGCCACGAUCAUGUUAUUGGGCUAUUCCAAAUGGAUUUUGAGUCAAAAUACGGGUUCACAUGAACAACGGCUCCUGUUUCAAAUCUGCUGCCACAUGAUCACAAAUAUGACCACAAUUAAAACCCUCUCUCUUAUUCCUGUAAAACCCAGCACUGUGGCAUUGCAGUGGCAAAUCUUCUAUGCCCUGAUGCCUGGCUUAUAGCAUAUUACAGAACUUCCCACAUGAAUUGUGAUCAACUUGCCAGCUUCUCUGCCUCCAACAUAAUAUGUCUAAGAUACUUAAGAGUGUUUACUCCUCUUCAUUGGCCAUUUGGGGUAGUAUCCAGCUAACUCGUUCCAUCAGUGCAAGGUUUUCCAUUUGCACAGUGGAACUUCUCCUCCCCCGGUGAACCCCCAACUGUUCUGGGGCUUUCUCCAACUCUCUGAAGGAGCUUUGAGGAGGGCACAGGGAGAUGAUGGGGGAGUUUUGUUGAGCAAGUGGAAAUCCUUGCAUUGGCAGAACAAGUUAGUCAGAAACCACCCUUGGUCUGAAAGUCACUCUGCACAUUAUGUGGCAGGAAAACUUACACUUGCCACCUAGAGUACUCUCAACAGAGAGCUGCAACCAGUCCUGGAUCUCUGAAGAGGAUCUGUCAUGCGUGUUUCCACAUACAGUUAAUUUUAUGAGAUGCAUACCUAAAAAUGAUAGUUGUGCACCUAAAAAAGAACACAGGAAGUGGCUCUGAAUGAUUGUCAGAUCUAGAGGCAAUAAGGAAUUACUUCCAAGCAGAUUGGCCUGGGAGAUUUUCUUUCUUCUACAACAGGCGUUGUGAACCUGUGACCUUUCAGAGGUGGUUGAAUGGUUGUCUUUCCCCAACCAUUGGCCAUAUUGGCUGAGGCUGAAGGGAUUUGGAGUCCAGCAACCUCUGGAAGGCCACAGAUUUCUUAUCCUUUCUCUGCAGCCUGUGGCUUGGCUCACUUGCAUGAGUCAUCUGAAGCUAUUUGCUCUACAGCGCACCUGCUCUCUGCUUGUGGUCUGGAUUUUGAAUGGGUGGUUUGGCUCGCAGCAGGUGACUGAAAUAGGUGGAGCUUUCUUUCCUUUACAACCAGCAGAAUGGGGGCAUUUCAUUCAAAGAAAAAAAUCAUAAGGAUGGUUAUGUGUCUGCAGUUGUGUGCCUUUGUGUAUGUAAUGCUUAGUUAACUGUCUGUAUAACUUUCCACUCAAAUUUCCGAGUCUGUUAGCUCCUCCUAUUAUUUUCUACAUCAAUUUUCUUCGUAGGGGAGAUAAAACAGUAGAGUAACAAGCCAGAAAAAUUUGAACACCCUUGGUGAUCCCAUUGAUUCAGUAAAAGAAAUUUAAAGCGUACUCCUAUGCAAUCAGUCCCACUGAGUUGAGUAGAACUUACUCUCAGGUAUUCAGUAUAGGGUUGCAGCCUUAAGCAUAUACAAUGUAUGACUGUGAUCAGUGACAGGCAAGAGUGCUUAACUUAUGGUCAAAUUGAAUGUGAUGUAAGAGAGAUGGGAUCAGGAUCUCCCUGGGGAACCCUUUUUCCAGUACCAGAAGCAGCUUGCCAGGCGGGUCAAAGCCACUAUGCUAACUUCCUAGCAUGUGAGUCCCUGGUGCUUUCCCACAGGGAGAGAUGGCAAGAGGCUGACAAUACCAACCUCCUCGCCACGCCACCCCUCUCCCUCCUGGCAGCUGCAAGUUCCUUGCCAGGAGGCCAGUACUGAAUGGGUUUCCAUGGCCUCCCACCCAGGCACUUCUCCACAUCCUCAGACCAUUUAACUGGGAAUCCCUAUAAGAAUUUUCUGGUCCUAAUGUACACCAUUGUCUUUUUGAAUGCUGCCGCCAGUGAUUAUUUAAUCGAGGACAAGGCUAUCAAUAUUAAUGGCUAAUAGUCGUGAUGGCUGUAUGUAGUCACUGGGGAACAACAGCAGGUUGGGGCUCUUGGCUUUGUGUCCUGCUUGGAAACUUUACUGUGGGAAACAGGAUGCUGAACUACUUAGACCCCUGCUUGGAUCUAGCAGUGUUCAUCUUACAUCAUCCAAAGACCCAUUUCUGCCAGGUAAUCUAUUAUGUUGUGUUCUGUUUUCUUAAUCAAAGGAAUUAGGCUGACAACCAAGGCAGUAGAUUCAGAAACAUGUAUAGGCAGUUAGAGAGCUUUGGAUGGGCAGUUAACCAUCCAUUACGUACAUAAAAUAGUGGGAUAGUAGGACAUAGGAAUUCAACAUUACAGUCUUCCAACCAUCCCAUCAACGCAAGUGUUUCAGCUUGCCCAACAGAACAAUCUCCCCUCUCUUCCCUGCACAUGAUGUUCUGGGGGUUCUCCAGUCCUCCCAGAGCCAGUUUAGGAGGACAUGGGGGAGGAGAGGGGUUAAAGUCCCAUUGCGCCAGCAGGACUCAUCACACCAGUUCCUGCGAGUGCAGCUACUUUGUUGAAUGUGGCUCUCUUUGUUGAAUGUGCCCUCCUAACUAGCUUAUUUAUUUACUUCUUACUAGAUUUAUUUGAGGGAUGCGGGUGGCGCUGUGGGUAAACCUCAGUGCCUAGGACUUGCUGAUCGUAAGGUCGGCGGUUCGAAUCCCCGUGGCGGGGUGAGCUCCCGCCGUUCGGUCCCAGCUCCUGUCCACCUAGCAGUUCGAAAGCACUCUUAAGUGCAAGUAGAUAAAUAGGGACCGCUUUAUAGCGGGAAGGUAAACGGCAUUUCCGUGUACGGCACUGGUGCUGGCUCGCCAGUUGCAGCUUCGUCACGCUGGCUACGUGAUCCGGAAGUGUCUUCGGACGGCGCCGGCUCCCGGCCUCUUGAGCGAGAUGAGCGCGCAACCCUAGAGUCGGUCACGACUGGCCCGUAUGGGCAGGGGUACCUUUACCUUUACCUUUUUAGAUUUAUUUGAGACUGUCGAACACCUAAACACAUAGCAUUUUUUCAAACCCUGAUUUCAGGAGGGCUGUAAAUAUUCCCUGUGCCCAUGUAGAAAGAACAAGGAAAAGGGAAGCUAUAUUUUGCAAGUCUUCUUUCAAUUUAUGUUGUCCCAGCAAUCCUCAUUCUGUUUCGAAGAAGUGCAUUCUGCAACCCCCAACACACAUUUAAUGUAACGUUUGAUGCCGGCAGAUCACUCUUGUGUAAUUCAUUCUCUCUUUCUCUCUCUCUCUCUUUCUCCAAAGAGAGCAUGGGUUGAAAGACUGUGCAGAUUGGACUUCCACAUGGAGCACUUGCCUCAGACGUUAUGUGCAUUCGCAGCUCCUACUCCUUUGUCAUGGGGGGGGGGAUAUUGUUGGGCUGGAUGUACACAUAAACAACCCAGGGCAAGAGGCACACAACUCCCAUCAACUUCUUCAUAGGCACAGAAGCCACAGACCUGCUUCCUUUAUAUCCAUUUAUACCUGAUUAAUAGGAGGAGUUAGUUGCUGAGACAACUGUCCAAACCUGGGGUGGGCGAACUUCCCAUUCAGUUGAUGAAAGUAGGUUAGUUGGCCUGUUUAAGAGCUGUAUUCCACCAUGAUAGGGCAGAAGUUAGUAUAAAGGGCAGAAAUGGAUCUCUCAACAUUCAGGCAUGUAUGCAAUGGGGAGCCACAUGCAUCUUUGCAUUUUAUUGUGGGAAAUGUCAGAAGAACAUCAACAGCACUUGGCUCCAACAAACAUUGAGAAUGGUAACAGAGCUUGGCCCACGAAAAGUGCCUCCACCCAAUUUUUUUGCCCUCUCCCCUUCAUCUCCCCAUACCAAAGCUUUAAGUAAGGCUUUCUGGGGGAAGGAGCAGGUGAGAAAGUCACAUUCCACCAACUUCCUUCCCCUGGUUCUUCUUCGGAUCCAAGCCUCUAUCUGAAAAGGUUCUGUACAGUAAUUUGACUUUCCUCUCUUCACACUUGCUUUCUGUUGAGUAUUAAUUACUUCUCCAACAGAAUGUCCUUGUAGCUAUGCCUUAGAUAACACUGGUGGAACUCCUAAUCUCAAUAUUUACCAACUGAAAAAUAGAUGGUGAGUUGAGAUAGUAUCAGGUCUGGGAACUUUUCUGGGAACGUUGGGAGUCUGUUGAUACUCUGCAGCCAGGUAGAAGAGCCUGUGACCCUCCUGUUGGUGUAUUUUGACUUUAAUGAAGAAUUCUAGCUGCCUCUGAACACCACUGUUCACCACUGUUACAAACAACAGCUGCUCAACCAUAUGCAUUCAGCAGCAGUGGGAUUUACCCUUGGGGGGUUUUUUAUGUAUGAUUCCCACUUAAGAAUCCUGGAUAUGCAAGAACUAAGAAACGUAUGGAGUUGAUAUUUCCAGGCCUAUAAAUGCCUUACUGUAUGUCACUUGUCUUACUCCUGGAUAGGAAAGUCUAGUCAUAAUUUUCUCUGUCUUCCAGUUUUAGUCGGUGAAGAUACAAAAAGAAAAAGGGUGAAUGUGUUUUUUAAAAAUGGACCAGUUUACUUAAAGUCAGCCAUGCCAAGAAUCCAGAAUUGAAACAAUUCCAUGUUACAUACCAAAAAUUCAGAUAUAUCUCACCACCACAAGGGAAUGAUGGAUGGGUCUUUAAUGGGAUUGUUGACAUUCUGGUCAUAAAGUUGUGUGAAGCUGGAGCAACAUGACAAAUGGCUUGUGCCAAAAUGGUGCUGCAACAUCCCCUUCAAAGCGAAUAGGUCAAAUCCAUCCUGCUGUGCUUUUGGUUGGUUGCAACUACAUUAUCAGCAGUUACUGCUAUAUACCACCUACAUAGGGUUGAGAUGACAUAACUGUAUGAUGGCUGAAGUGCCUUUAGUUGUUCCCCGUGCUGCCACAUCUCAUCCUGCCAUCCUGCCUCCCAUUUCUGUGCUGCGUAUUUGUAUUCUACUCAUCUUACUGUUCUACAUCAAGCAAAAGCUUACAACUUAGGAGUGCAAUUCUCCAGGCAGUGGUCCUGUGUGACCCUCCUUCAUUUCAGUCUGCAAAUACACUGCCCUGUUUCUAUUGUAAAAUGUGAAGGAGGUCCCCUCUAGCAGUGAGUGUUAGAAAACUGGGUGGGUGGAGGAAUCUUAACUUGAUGAUGCUUUUUAAAUUUUGAGAUUAUUAACAAAUGGGAGAAAACCUAUUUACCCAUUUAUCUUAUUUUUAACCAGCCGUCAAUUUCUAGUCAAUAUAACUAAAAUACAUACAAAAAAAUGAUUGGAACCCUGGUUCCCUUUUAGUAUCUGUCUGAAUUUAAAAUAUUCAUAGAGGAUGGCAUCCCUGAUUAUCAAAGCUAAACUUGCACAUUCAAUUGUAUAUUUUAAAACAUCCUAAAGAGCAUAUAUCAAAUAACUAGUGUGGAUGUGCAUAUUUUGAUUAAUAUUUCACAAUAACCUGCUGUUAUUAACAACAGUCUAACGAAUAGGCAUGUAAAAUAAUAUAACGUACACUACAAACUCUGCAGUAACAAAGCGCCCUUGCAUAGCAGUUCUUUUUCUGCCAGGCAUUAAGUAUGCAGAAACAAUAAAAUGUGCAGGAAAUCUUGAAGAUAAUAAUAAUAAUAAAAAAGAAACACAUGUUAGAGAAGCAAAUUUCAGCUUCUCUUUUCCACCACACUCUUGGUUAUCCUCAAAGUAAUGAAUAUUUGGAUAAAGGAAGGAUACUUUUGAUAACUGACUCCUAAUCUAAAUAACAAAAGUACCUCAAUGUUCUUAAGCACAAAUUAAGGGCAAAGGAAACUCCUACAAGAAAUAUUAUUUCCAAGUGCAAAACACAGGAAGGAAAAGGUCAACGUGAUGAGCAUUCGAGUGGAAAGUGACGUUUUACACCUUCUUUUAUUCUUGGGCUUCUCUUCCUCCUCAGCAAAUAGCCAUAGCCCGUGAAGGAGACUUGCUGACCAAGGAGAGGUUGUGCUGUGGCCUGUCCAUGUUUGAGGUUAUCCUGACUCGCAUUCGGAGCUACCUCCAGGACCCCAUCUGGCGCGGGCCUCCCCCUACCAAUGGCGUCAUGCAUGUUGACGAGUGCGUUGAGUUCCACCGGCUCUGGAGUGCCAUGCAGUUUGUGUACUGCAUUCCUGUGGGGACAAAUGAAUUCACUGCUGAGUGAGUAGGCCUGCACUGGGUUGCAUUGAGUUCUAAUGAUCAUGUAUUAGAGGAUCUUUCCCCACAGCCAGAAAAGCUAUAGCAAAUCGACAAAUACCUCCUUACUUGAGGUUUGCUUCUACAUGCAGGAAUGUGGGCCGCUUUACUAAUGACUGGACACUGUAUCUCUGAUGCCAGGAAUGGGGAUUCUCUAGUGAUAGUCAAGUGAGUUAUCUUUUGAAUGACUGACCUAUUUGGCCUAAGACAAAGCACUGGCUUUCGUUAUACUGGCUUCUGAGUUGAUUUGCUCAUGAACUGAUACUUGCUGUUCUCUUAACAUAGAAUCAAGCAACCAGAAAUUCUCAGGACAAGCAACUCAAUAACACCAUGCCAGCCAGCCAUUCUCGAUAAGUAAUUUCUUCUAUGUCCCAUUUCCCUCCAGGCAAUGUUUUGGAGAUGGGCUGAAUUGGGCUGGCUGCUCAGUCAUAGUCCUCCUGGGACAGCAGCGUCGCUUUGAUCUCUUUGACUUCUGUUACCACCUGUUAAAAGUGCAGAGGCAGGAUGGGAAAGAUGAAAUCAUAAAGAAUGUGGUAAGUCUGGGGGUGAACACUGAGCUGAAUGUCAGGUUGCUUGACUAUUUAGCUCAAUAUUGUCUACUCCAGUGGUUCCCAAUUAGGGGUCCAGGGACCCCUGGGGGUCUGUGGAAUGCACCCAGGGGGUCCACAGCCCUUACCUUCCCUCCUCAACUAUUUUUUUGUCAUUUCUGCAUGGAAAUAUCACAAAUUUUAUGGUCUUUUCUUUAGUAUAUCUAAAAUCCCUUGCUUAUUAGGGGCUACCCCACAUUUUGUUCAAAAAAAUUGCUUUGCAGAGGUAACUACAAUAGAAUUAUCAAAAUUUUCAAAAGUGGGGCGGGGGAGUCCAUGGCUUGGCUUUUGAAAAAUAGGAGGUCCUCAGUAAUUAGCUAAUUGGGAACCACUGGUCUACUCCAGCUGGCAUUGGCUGACUGUGGUCUGAGACAGAGAUAUGUCACAUCACAUCACCUGCUACCUGGAGUGGAACACAAGAAGCUGCCUGGAGACCCCUGGGUAUAGGGUGGUUGUUGUUUAGUCGUGUCCAACUCUUCAUGACCCCAUGGACCAGGCACUUCUGUCUUCCACUGCCUCCCGCAGUUUGGUCAGACUCAUGUUAGUAGCUUCGAGAACACUGUCCAGCCAUCUCGUCCUCUGUCGUCCCCUUCUCCUUGUGCCCUCCAUCUUUCCCAACAUCAGGGUCUUUUCCAGGGAGUCUUCUCUUCUCAUGAGGUGGCCAAAGUAUUGGAGCCUCAGCUUCAGGAUCUGUCCUUCCAGUGAGCACUCAGGGCUGAUUUCCUUCAGAAUGCAUAGGUUUGAUAUACAGGGUGGUAUAUAAAUUCAAUUGAUGAUGAUGAUGAUGAUAAGCACUUCUGGGCUGGGGAACCUUUCUCGCUUUGUGGGCCAGAUCUUUAUCUGGAUCUGCCUCAUGGCCCAAAUUUGACAGGCUGGCAGGGCCACCCACCUGUCAGUCAAGUGAUGCCAUUAUGUUGCUAAUAGGUACGUAGGAAAUAAGAGGUGUUAUUGGCAUUUUGUCUCUGCAAAAAGCUAGGAAGGAACUGUGUCAGAUAUUAGUUUCUCUAGCUGUUCUUCGCUCCAGCCUUCCAGCAUUUACCUAGCUGUAGAAGCCAGAGGUCUGAAAGCUUCACUGCUCUUUGCUUUGCCUGUCUUUUCAUUUCUUCUCUAGCCUCUUAAAAAAAUGGCUGACCGGAUCAGGAAGUACCAGAUUCUGAACAAUGAGAUUUUUGCCAUCCUGAACAAGUACAUGAAGUCAGUGGAAACAGACAGUUCUACAGUCGAGCAUGUGCGCUGCUUCCAGCCCCCCAUCCAUCAGUCCUUGGCCACCACCUGUUAAAUAGUCCGUGCUGGAAAUGAAAUGUGAGCAUUUGUGUCUUUACAUCUGAAGUCAGUGAGGAAGGAGCGACUGGAUCUCAGAGGCCUGGAAGGGAACCCCUGAGAACACAGAUCUGUCAACAGUGCAGACUUGGAUGGACCCAGUAUACAAAGAAGCAUUUUCCGAGAAGGCCUGUUUUGAAUGCAUGUUCUUCUAUAGUAUCUUUCUGGUUGGUUUUACCCAUAGCUUUGAAAAUGUGGUGAGAUGGAGCAAAAUGUGGUUUUUUCUCCUGUGGUAUCGUCAGCUUUUGUGAUGACCAAGAACAACCCAAUCAAGCACAAAACUUUAUGGCCCUUAAAAGAGUUGUUGUUUUUUGGGGGUGUUACAGUUGAAGCAGUCAUCGCUUCAGUGUGUUGCAAGUCUUCCGCUUGAUGCACCAUGUGACUGAAAAGCCUUCCUGCUUGAUGGGAAACAACAGCUUAAAUGUUUAAAACAUUCAGAAAUGCUAAGUUGUUCCUGCAAUAGAUGAUAAAGAGCUGUGUGAUUUACGCAAGCAAAAAAAAAAAAAUCAGGUUCUUUUAGAGAUGGAAUAUUGACUAUCAUUCUCCACCUAGAAUUAGAGGAUUUUUUGUCAUUGCCUUGUUGUCCUCUGCUCUUCUAAAAUUGUUUCGGGUGCAGUCUUGUGCACAAUUAGCUGGAAACAAGCCACAUGUAUAGGACAGUGUAUAGGACCUUUCUAAGUUUACUUAAGCGGUGGAGCAUUGACAAAAGAGUCUUCUCAUAUUUUGAAUUGAUUAUCACUGCUAUGGUGGCCCUGUAUAAUACCUUCCCCUUAACCAAGUACUGUUGGCAGUAGUUUUACCUGAGCGUCUAGAAUUUUAUAGAGCCAGGAGAAGAGGCACUGAUUGUCAUGACCCAGACUCUUGAUAAAGUUGCCGGGUCAAGGAACUAGUAAGUUCUUUGAGAAAUGCGAUUGAUGCAUUCUUUGGGAUAUAGUCAAUAGAAUAAUGAGAUCAAUACACUUCCCCAUUCUGGGAAAAUAUAUGACAUUUGGUUCAGACUUAGGUAUCCAAACUUUGGAAACAAUGCUAAAAAAUAGAUUUGGCAUGACUUCAGGGUGUUUAGAAACAAACAAAAGGCAGCAGCUUAUAUAUCAUUAAUAUGUGUGGUUCCAAAGGCAUGCAGAAUUUCAACAAAAGUUAAAAAUUGCCCUGUCAUAACCCUGUAGAACAAAGAGGUAAACAUAGGAAUUUCUGUGUGAACGAUUCACAGAAUUGGAGAUCGAGGCGGGACUCAAAAGGUCAUGCUUCUGCAGUUCCCUACACCAAAGGAGACCUCCUGUCACCAGUGUACCCUAGAGCUCAGAUUAGAGUGCACUACCUGUAGGAGGUAGAAACAAGAAAGGGAUGUGUAUGGGAGGAGAAAGCCUGGAGAGAAAAUACCAGAGACAAUGCAAAGAAGCCAUGUUACAGUGCUACAGAGAAGUCUCUCCAAACUAAUGAGAAAGUUUAGAACAAGUCUACUGAGACAGGUACCAAAGUUUAGAAGGCUGUAUAAUAUCCUGAAAUGAAAAUAACAUUCUUUAAGAUAUUGAAAGAAGAAUUAGUUUCUGCUAGGCUAUCAUAAGGCACUUGAGUUAUUUACCAUGCAAGUUUCCCGUCCCCCAGUUGCCUACCGUGACUAUUUAAGGGUUUCAGAAUUGCAACCCUUUAAUAUUUAGGUAGUUUAGAUUGAAUUUCCUACAAGGAAAAGGCAGCAUUUGAUCUCCCUUCUGAUUUGCUCUACAGAUUUCAGAAUAAAGCAUUAAGGAAAUAUUUAAAAUGCAGUCUAUUAGACAAAGGGCACACAGUGCACCAGAAAGUUCUCCUGUACAAGCCACAAAACAAUGAAAGGGAGAAGUGCAGGACCAUAACCACGUUCACUUCCCUGGAGCUUGCUCAGGAAAACAUCCUGGUAGAUUGUUGAAGGGAUGUAUAUGUUGGUGUGUUGCCCUAAUUUUUACCCUGUCAGGCUCCAUCACUGUCAGGGCAGAUGUCAGAGCAUCCAGCAUUUAUCCCAGACUCCAGACAUUUAGUUCUUUAGUCUAACUUUCGCCAAGAGAAAUCGCCACUUUAAAAAAAAGUGUUGGUUUUUUUUGAAAAACAACCAGGUGUUUUAGGUCUGUGUUUUUCCUCCUUUGUCUCACCAUAAAGCUGAUACAGUACUUAAUUGCUGGUGUUUGGUUCAUUGUCACAGCAUGAUGACAAAUCUUACGAAGCCAGAGACUCAGCAUUUUUUUUCUCCUUGAGGGCGCAUGAAGUAGAAACCUCUUAAUUGUCUGUGUCAGGCACAGGAAGAACAUUCUGUUUCAAGGGGCAGCAACGACGUGGAAUUAUUACCAUGAAGUAUGUUUCCUUUGGCAGAUACCUUUAUUUCCUUAAAGGCUCUCAUCUUUUUCCAAAGUAACUAAUAAAUAUCCCUCCACAGAAUCUGGGGAGCAUGUUUGCAGCAUUUCAAACUGCAAGAUACAUCUUGCAAUGUGGAAUUAAGGCAAUGCUCAGAAAAGUAACCUGAAGACUCUUAACUCAGUCAGAAACAAACAAAGGGGCUUGGAAGUCCAAAGGGGGGAAAUUAACUUCCAGCAAAUCCCAUCUUAAAUAUCUAAUGCAACAAUUAAAGUGCUUCAGGGGUUUUUUUGAGAGCACAUAUUGUCAGUUUAACUGAAUUUCAUUCUCUUCAUGCACCUUAGUAACCCUCAACUUCAGAUUUGCAAAACUGAACCAAACACUAUGUAAACACCCCAGAGUUAGAAUCUGAACACAUCUAAUGAAAUAGACAAAUAGGAUGCUGUUCAUUUUUAUUUUUAUUCCCACAGCCUUUUCAAAAUAAAAUUCAAUCUUUUUGUGGUGGUUACUUAACAGAGCAUGAUACCACAGGUGUAAACACUCAGGCCACUUGAGAAAGUCAUUACAAUCCAGAACAAAUGCCAUUCCGAGGCCUACUCUGUAGUAUCAGCUGCAAUAUGUUAUAUUUAACAACCCAUAUCCAAUAGAAGAGUCAACUAGAUGAUCAUAAUUCCAAUAAUCGUUUCCAGUUCUAGGAAAUGGAAUUUUUAGCUAUGCUCACACAUUGCAUUUUAACACUGUUACUCACACAUGGGUUGUGGGUUAUUCUCUGUUGAGAUCAAUGCUAUUUAUAGGGAAAUCCUAAAUGCUUUAAGUACACAAGUGAGAAGGAAAACAGGGUUGACUUCUGAGUCUUUGAGUGUGGGGAAAACUCAGGGUAAGUUUACAGUAUUUCCUAGAGUUUUUAAAGUAUCUGUCCAACAUGGUUUCCUUUCUCCCAGGAUGUUUUUGCCCUGAGAUUUCCAUCUUUUGAAUUCCCAGCAAAGAAUCCCAGUGGCCUUCAUAGGAUGCUCUUUAUGAGAUAGUUCUGGUCCUCCUACUUGCAGACUAAAUAACAAAGUUGUUAUCAAAGAGUGAGCUGAGUGAACCAGAUUUUCCUCCAUGCUAAAAAAGAAAUGUAACAUCUAAGUCUGUCCCCAACUGUGUGAGAAGAUACACUGUCCCACAGGAACACUUUAUGCCACAAGAAACAAAUAAAUAUAAUAAUUAAGAAUACCUGCAAGAAUGUUCCCCGGAAGAUGCUGUGGAUGCAUCUCUUCUGUUCUGUCCUAGCCUUCCCAUCAACAUCUACUGUAAGAGGAUAAUUCUUACAUAAAGUGCCAUUACUUGCCUUCCAAGAAUGCCCAGAACAAUGAGUCAUAUGGAAGCACGGAGUGGAACUCCUCUGAGGACAGACAGGUCUUACUCCAGACACAUAGCUUAUGGGGGAGUAAGCAUGAAAUGCACCUCCUAUUUUAUUUAAAAAGAAAAAGGUGUUUCUCACCUAUCAGAAUUACAAACCCUGGAUCAGUGAUCCUUACCUUUUCCCCUGUAGGUGGAAAAGCAUACUGGAGAGGCCCAGUGGCUUGGACCCAAACUCAUCCUGUGCCAAUGUAAUGCAAGAAAACCUCCUGGAGUUCUGCUGAUUUUUCAGCCUUGGGGGGGCCAUGCCAUGCCCAACCUUUUUGGGUGUGUGUAUGGUGGCGGGGACACAAUGGAAAGGAGCCAGGCCAGGAAAGUCCCAUUGCAUGAGCAGAAUUCUGCGUGUACUUCUCUGGAUCCAGCCCAUUAUAUUUUUGAAUAGACCAGUGGCUGAAAGAGAAAGGGCUAGGCAAAGGACGGGGAAUGAUCUGGGCUCCCCCUCCCCCAUGUCCACCUGUCAUUCCCCUGGCAUCAUAUGACAUCAGGUUAUUCAAGCUUUCCUUGUCGUAAAAUAGCUGGGAGUCUUCCGGUCAUUCCUUUGCAGACAUGCCCUACACAACCUUGAGGAUGUCUGGGUGGACAUGUCUGGGGAGGGGAUGGCCUUGUGAGUAAAAUUAGAACCUCUAGAAGACCAAAUUUGGCACACAGACCAUAUGUUCCCUGUACCUUAGUUAGGCUGCCCUAACCCCAUCCUCACCACUGUCUCAAGUCUUGAUUGCCGCUUCCAAGGCUGUUUUUCAGUAAAAAUAAAAUAAAAACAGGCACCAUGUUUAGGGGCCGGGAAAGAAACAUGCAAUGGUGUGCAACGUGUCAUUUGGCUUUUUAAGUGUUUCUGGUGGGAACCAGGAAACCACAAAGGUACGUACCACAAGGUAGGGCCUGACAAAAGGAUAAACCAAGCCUUGAGGAUGUAGACUCCAGACUACUUCAGCAAUGAUGAUGAACAGCUGUGGCCCUUUCAGGCUUUAAACAGUCUAUCAGGUUGAUUUUUUUGUGACUUGACAUUAAAGAACAAACUCUCUGCACUUCAACCAUGUUCCCUUUACCAACAGAAUUUGUCAGAAGUGUCAGUGGUCAUAUUAAUUCCUAUUCUCUUCUGUAUUAUUCUGGUUUUAAUUGAUAUUUGUCUAUUUGAGAACAUGAGCAAGGUGCUGUUUUUAAGAACAGAUGUUUUUAAAAAAGGACUUUGCAUAAUUCUUUCAAAUGUAUCAUAUUUGUAUGAAGACUUGUCCAGGACUUUUUUGUACAAUGAAUUUACAUUUAUUUAUGGUGCGGUAUAUUCACAGUAGUGAUCAACUAUGGUGUUUGAAUUCUUGAAUCAUAUUUGCUAUGCAGCGGGAAAUGAUAUAUCUUGUUUUGUAUUUUUGUUCCUUCAUCAUUGGUCAACAGAAGUUCUUCAUUUCCAUUCAAAAUGCUUCUGUAUCGAUAAGACACCCUGUGUGUGGUGACAUGAUGACCUGUAUUGCAACUUCCAACAAUAUGUACAGCAAAGCUAGGAUGAAUCCUGUUAACAAGGGAAAAAUAAAAGUUGAGUCAUAAAUGGUUUGAAUGAAAG